GCUUCUCAAAGUUGAAAGCCCUGACAAUUAAAAAAGAGUUCUUUACGGUUAACUCAUGGAGGAGGACGUCUUGAACGCGCUGCAGAUGCGCAGCGCCUAUCUGUCCGGCGGCUACGAUCGGGACAAGCGAAUCAUAUUCAUUGUGAAUGCAUUCAAUGAUCAACAAUUGUGGAAUCGCCGCUGCCUGCAACUGACGCUCGACUAUCUCAAGCGUUCGCUCAGCGCGUCGAUAUUGCAAAAUGGGGUGAGCAUCAUUGUCAACGCCCAGGAGAGCAGCUCGCGCAUAUCCAGGCAGCACGUGCGGCAAAUUUAUGCGCUCUUUGGCGGCGACAUCAGCGUCGAUGUGUAUCUAGUCAGAGCGGAGGGCUUCUGGGAGAAGCACGUGGAGCCAUGUGCCAAGUCCCAGACCAAAGGCGAGCCCUUGGUGUUGUCGAAGGCGCGCCUGGCCAAGUUCAUAGAGCCACACAAUCUGCCCGAGGAGCUGGGCGGCACGCUGCAAUUCAAUUAUGAUCUGUGGCUGCAGCAGCGCAAGUCCAUUGACGAGUUCAGUAAAACCCACGCGCAAACCUUGGGCGGCAUGGAGCAGCUGCUGACGCUGCUCAAGUCGCUGCGGCCAGCGGAAGCGGAUGUCGAGCUGAAGAAGUGCGCCAGGUUGCAUACACACGUGCAGCGCAGCAUUGAGACGGCGAUUGAAAUGGGUAAUGCGAUCUUGGCGCGCUUUAACGAGGUUUACGAGACGCAAACGACAACGCCGCAUGCCGCACCUGUUGCCACACCGGCAACAGCAACAACAACGACGGCAACAACAACAACAACAACAGCCAACGCCCUGUGCCCAGCUAAGCCGCUGCUGCCGCCCGAUCUUGGGUGCGAACGUGCCCGCAUCGAGCUGCGCCUCAAUGAGAUCGAGAAGAAGCAGACGGCAAUACGCACCGCUUGGCUGGAGCUGUUGCGCGCGCUGCGUGAGGCACGCGAGCUCUGCACUCUGGCCGAGGGCGUGGCCUUUGUCACCAACUGGAUUCUCAACCAGGCCGAGCAGCUGCUCAGCCGUCAGCGCAGCGUUGGCAGCGAUGUGCGCGCCUCCGAAACCCUGCGAACGGCACACGAUCAACUAGAGCUGGAAUGCCGCGACACCUACGGCUGCUAUGCGGAGCUGCUCUACAAGAUCGAACAGUUCGCCAAGGAGCGCCCCAUUGCCACAUGCCAGGAUCUGCUCUCCCAGCGCGACUUUAUGCAGUUCGUGUGCCGCUCGUUUGCCGAGCGCCUGGAACGCCGGCGCAAGGUGCUCAUGACGGCGCUGCGCUUCCAUCGCCUGCUCGAACAGUUCGAGGAGCAGCUGCUGAUAGCCAACCAAGCAGCCGAUGCGGAGCCCAGCGAAUUGGACUGGCAACAGGCCGAAGCAAUGCUAUCGCAGCUAAAGACCAGCCAACAGCUGCUGGGCAACAUCGAACGCGAACUUGUGCGCGAGGGCGAGAAGCUGAGCGACAUGUUGGCCAUGCCGGUGAAAGAUGCUUUGGGCCGUGACCUCCAGCUGGACUAUAGCAACGACAUUGCCCAGCUGCGUCGACAGAUUGACGCGAGCUGCGAGCGCCGGCAGCUGUGCGGACAGCGGUUGGCGCUGCAGCGGCUCACCUUGGAGCAGGUGACCCACAUUCACGGCUACGAGCAGGAGGUGCGCCGUGCACUCCAGUGGCUGAACGAGCUAUAUGCGGUGCUGUUGCGCUGUCACUCCCAUGUUGGCUGCAACAUACACGAGAUCCAGCUGCAGAAGGACGAGUUGCAGGGGUUUGAGGAAACCGGACGGAGCAUUUUCAACUAUGGCUGUCAGCUGCUGGAGGCCGCGCAGACGCUGCGUCUCUGCUGCAAGCUGGAGCAAACGGAGCCGGAGCAAUUUCAGCUGCGACUGCAGCGCACCUGGCACAGUCUGCAGUCCAUUGCCCAGGAGCAGAUGACCCGGCUGCGCGUCUCCGCCGUCUUCCAUCGCAGCGUGGAGGCCUACUACAGGCAGCUGCGCGACCUGCGACCGCUGCUCACCCACGAGCUGGCCACCCAGCUGCAGCAGCAGCGCCAGCAGCACAAUCGCAGCAGCAGCGGCAUCAGCAGCGAUGCGGAAGCCUCGCCAGAGCUCUCGCCGGCCGGUGGCGGAGUUGGCGCACGUCUGCAGCGUCACCUGCUGGCUCGGGAGCAGCUGCUGGUUGAGGUGGGUCGCAUGGUGCGGCUGGGUCGGCUGCUCAAGAAGCGUCUGAAGGAGCCCUUUGUGCUGGACGCGCUCACGGGCAAGAGCGUUGUGCCGGAUGAGCUGCCGCUGGACUGCAGUCCGAGCCCCAUGCACGACAGCGGACGCAACAGCAGCGCCGGCAGCGAGUCCAUCCAUGCGGAAUCAUCUGCCACGUUAACUGUGACGCCAACGGGCAGCAAUGAGCUGGCCUGCGCCGCCAUUUCGCACAAGCUGGGCGCCAUCGCCGAGGUGGCCGAGUCCCUGGAUGCGGUUAUACGAGACUGCAGCGAUGGUGAGCUGGAUCUGUCCAGUGCGACGCACAAAAAGCUCGGCAGCAAUGGCAUGGGCAACGAGGACUGGCAAUCGCGUUCAACGGAAGAUGAAUCCUUUGCCACGGCCUCCGAGGGCAAUUUUACGCCCAAUUCGCAUUCGUCCUCCUUUCAAACGGCCUCGGGUCGCACCAGCUCGUACAUUGGCUCUGCCAAGAACUCCUUUGACGAGGCGGAUGAUUCCACGCUGAGCAACUUUGAAAUACCCGAGCUGCCACAGUCGCCAGUGAACAUGUCCUUUGAGAGCUCCGAGCUGAGCUACUUCUCUGCGCGGCACCCACCAAAAUGCGAUGAUCAGGACAGUGUGGUGGGCGUGGCAGAGCUGCAUAGCCAAAGUGUGACGCCCACGCCCGACGACGAACAGCAACAGCAACAACAAGAACAACAGCAGCUGCUGGCACAGCCCAUCGAAUCGGACAGUGAAUUAGAGGGCUACGGCCUGGACGCAGCUCACAUCAGCACGGAGCUGAUGCCCAGCAGCUCCACGGCCGUCACGCCGGAGAUUGUGGAUCCAUAUCUCGAGACGAAAUCCUCAGUGCAGGCAGUGGAAGAGACUCUGAACGGCUUCAGUAAGCGGCAGCUCGACGUGACGAGCAGUCUGGAAAAUUGGACAACGAGCAUUGCGGAAAAGCGCGAAGUGGAAUAUCUACUUGAGAAAGUCAUGAGUGAUAACGAGGAGACCGUGGCCAAGAGCACGCAGGUGGAUACACAACUGUAUCCGGUGUUCAGCACAUCCAGCUUGGACUCCAAGCAGCUGCUGACGAGCACACGCGAGAAGCUCACCUAUGUGACGCAGGACAUAGAACGUGCCCAGGAGGAGAUACAGCAGCGCAUCCAAACCACGCUGAGCAUACAGACCAAGGAUCAGCAGUCGCUUACCAAGAUCGAGCAGGUGAUCAACAAUUUGCGCAUGCUGAAGGCAAAGCUGGAUGGCAUCAAAUACGACUAUCGCACGCUGCUGGAGAGUGUGCUGCAGUUCCUCGAGAACAUUGUGCAGCUGCGCCGAGAGAUCGAUGCGUACUUUGCGAAGCAGCAGCAGCAUCCGACGACGGCGACGACAGCGGGCGCAUCUUCGGGCGUGGAGCGCACCAUAGCCGAGCAUGAGAAAUUCCGCGAUCAUUGCAUGGAUAAAUUUAGAUCGUUAAUCACACAAUCCGAACUGCUGAUCGAUCGUGUGCGGGUAUUGGAGCCGCCGGGCGCUCGCGAAAUCGACACUGAUCGCAUAUUGAAGUUGUUGGAGAAUUUGCGCAUUCACUUCGAGUCGAAUAGCAGCGCCACAAUGUCGACUCUGGAGCGUCUCGAGAAGAUCGAGCAAUUCCGCAGCGAUCUGGAGGAUAUCGAUCGCAGUCUGGACAGCGUCAGCAAGCAGUUGCACGAUAUUAAUGGACAGAGUGUCGAUAGUCUGGCAGCUGCCAAGACCACGUCGCUGGCAUUCGAGUAUUUUGAACGUACCAUAGAGCUGCUCGAGAAACGCAUUGAGAAGUUUACCGAGUCGACGAGCCAACAGCUGCUCAUUAGCAAUCCCGAAAGCGAAUCGUAUGUUAAGGACGAGCUGCGCAAGCUCAACGAUAAAUGGCAGAGCUUCAAGGAUCAAGUGAAGCAGAAACGAAAAAGCCUCAACCAGGCAAACGAGUUCUUCGAGGUUGUCGAAAAGAUCGAUGCGGAGUACCGCGAGAUCAGCUACUUCUACAGCAGCGUCUCCAACAAAGUUCCCUAUUUGCGCGAUGCCGUCGAGGCCUCCAAUCUGGUUAAUGACAUCGAGAAGUAUGUGACCAGUCGGGAGUCUGCGCUACGCUCCAAGCUGGACAGCGCAUCGCAGUGUGCCCACGACAUGAACAAGGUGUCCACGCUGUACAACGACGUGAUGAACAUUUUCCAAGCGUUCAUCAAGCUGAAGAUGGACAUAAAUACGGUGCAGGAGCGCCUGAAGCAGGACCAGCGCCAGCGGGAGCAACGCGAGCGCGAGUCCCGCGAACAGGCGGAACGAGAGCAAGCAAUGCGUGAGGCAGAGGCCAGGGAGCGACUGGCACAGGAGGAGCGCACGCGUUUGGAGGCGCAACGUCAACAGGCGGCCAUCGAGCAGGCGCAGCGCGAGCUGGCGGCGAGACAACUGUCACUGCGCGAACAGGCUGUGCGCGAGGAGGAGGCGCGUCUGCAGGCGGUGCGUGAGCAGGCGGCCAGAGAGCAGUUCGCACGGGAGCAGGCCGCUCGCGAGGAGGAGCAACGCAUACAAACGCUGCGCGACAUAGCCAAGCGGGAGGAGGAGCUGCGCCUGCAGGCGCUGCGCGAGGAGGAGGCGCGGCUGCAUGCCAAACGCGAGGACGAAGCGAAACUGAAGCGUGAGGAAGAAAUCAGGCUAAGGCGUGAAGAGGAAAUCAGGCUGCAACGCGAAGAGGAGUCCAGACAAAAGCGCGAGAACGAGGCGCGCAUACAACGCGAGGAAAUAACGCGUCUGCAAACCCUGCGCGAUCAGGUGGACAAGCAGCGCAUUGUCACGGAGAACAUACGCAAGGACAUUCAGGUGAAUCAGAUCUUCACGGAGCUGCGCUAUGCCUCGCCGCUGUUUGUGCGCCCGCUCAAGGAUGCGCUGACCCGCGAAGGCGAACGCUUUGUGUUCGAAUGCGAGGUCACCGGCACACCGGAGCCGAGCGUCGAAUGGUUCAAGGAUGGCAUCAGCAUACAGAGCAAUGCGGACUACAAGACUAGCUUUGACAAGGGCAUUUGCCGUCUGGUCAUUGAGGAGACUUUUGCCGCAGACACGGCACGCUUCAGCUGCCGUGCCUCCAAUCUGGUGGGCACUUGCGACACAAAUGCCACGUUGACGGUGCGUGAGAACGCCGCCGAGCUGCAGCUGGUGCCGCCACGCAUCUUGCGCUUCCUGGAGACCGGCAAGGCCACCGAGGGCACCUCCUUCCAGUUCUCGUGCGUGGUCAGCGGUGUGCCUCUGCCCACCGUGCAAUGGUUCAAGAAUGACAAAUGCAUCGACGACUCGCCGGACUAUGUCAUCAGCUAUAACAAUGGCGAGGCCCAGUUGCGCUUCGACGAGGUGUUCCUUGAGGAUGAUGCGGUCUAUACCUGUAGCGCCUCCAAUCCCGCUGGCAUAGAACACUGCUCGGCCAGCCUGAUUGUGGAACCACUUGAACCCACUGAGCUGCCCUGCUUCAAGAUGCCGCUGCAGAACGCGAUGGCGCGUGUCGGACAAAAGAUCAAGUUGGAGGCCAUGGUCAGCGGUAUACCACAGCCCGAAAUCUGUUGGCUACACAAUGGCAAGCCGUUCCAGCCACGCGACUCAAAAUACGAAAACGGUCGCGUUACGCUGACAAUCCCCCAAGCUUAUCCCAACGACGCCGGAUCCUACGUAUUAAGUGCCAAGAACUUAGCUGGAGAGGCUUACAGCAGUUGUAACAUCAUUGUCAAGGGUCGUCUGCCAAACGAGACGUCCGAUUCUGAGAUGGCCAGCGAUAUUGAGCCCAUCAGGCCGGCGGUACACAUCCCACUGAAAGAUGUCUCCAUAUUUGAGGGCAAGCCCGUGCGCUUGGACUGCGUGAUUGUGGGUCAGCCGGAGCCAGAGGUCAUUUGGUAUCACAAUGAGCGACCCGUCAAGGAGUCGGCGGAUGUGCAGCUACUGUUCCAGGGUGAUCGCUGCUCCCUGUUCAUCCAGGAGGUGUACCAAGAGGACGCGGGCAAUUAUAAAGUGGUUGCCAUCAAUUCGGCGGGUGAAACGUCAAGCAGCUGUGACCUGAAGGUGACACCGCUGAACAUGUCGGAGCCAGCAACCCGAGCACAUAUCGAACGUCAAUCACUGCCAAAGGAAACGCAGCCCAAAUUCGAGCGUCUACUCUCCGAUGUGCUCGCCGAUGAGGGCGAGCGGGUGGUGCUGGAGGUGCAGACCAGCGGCGAUCAGCCGUUGAGAGCACAGUGGUAUCUCACCAACAAGGAGCUGCAGCUGGAUGAUCGUGUCGCCACCCAAUGCGAUGCCGAGGCGGGCAUAUUCAAGCUGAUUCUUAAUAAUGUGGCUGCCAGCGACAAAGGCGUCUACACGGUCAAGGUCUCGAACAACGCGGGCGAUGCCAAGUGCUUCUCGCAUCUGAUUGUUAAGUCCGUGAAUGCCCCUGAGAACCGUCGGAGCAGUCAAUCAUCGGUAGAAAUUGUCGAGCGACAUCUGUGCCCCGAGUUCAAGGAGCUCUUCAGUGACAAGCAGGCGCAAAUCGACGAUGUGGUCAAGUUCGAGUGCAUUGUGCUGGGCAAGCCCACGCCCAAGGUCCAUUGGUAUUUCAAUGAUCAGCCGGUGCAUGGACACAAUUUUCUGGUCUCCACCAGCGGUGACCGUCAGGUGUUGACCAUACAGCAGUUGACCCACGAUGCCGUCGGCAAGAUCAGCUGCAUGGCCGAGAACGAGGCGGGAAAAGCCACCUGUGUGGCCUUCCUGAAUAUCAUUGGCAGCAGUCCGUUGCCCGCCUCCAGCGAUGUGCAGAGCAUGACCCAGGAGCAUAAUACUGAAUCUUCGCGCGUGACCAUCAAGAAGCAAACCUUUACGACCACCUCCACAUCCCAGGUAAACUCCUAUGAGGGAAAUGUUCCACAAACUGAGGUGCAUCAUUCCUCGGCGCACAUCGAUCAGUCCCUCAAGCAGCUUGGACAACAGCGACCGGAAAUUGUCGAGAGCCAUCAAUACCAAGAGCUACACAAGAGCAAGGAGAUGAACAGUCCCAGUGUGCAGCAGAAAUCGUUUACGCUGGUGCAGUCCUCCUCCAAUGGAGCUGCUCCACUGCCAGCGCUGACAAUGCCCGAAUCGCCCACGCGACUGCGCAAGGAGAUAGCGCCGCGUUUCACCACGCCCCUAACGGGCAAGAUUGUGGAUCAGGGCGUCAAUGUCAGCAUGGAGGCCAUCUAUGAUGGUUAUCCCUCGCCUGAGAUCAAGGUGGAGAAAAAUGGCGACCAGCUGUUUGAAAAUGCACACACAAAAAUAUCCAACAAAUUCAAUCGUGUGACUAUUGAAUUAAAGGAAGUGGGCGUGGCAGAUGCGGGACGAUAUGCGGUGACCGCAUCCAAUGCGGUGGGACAGUCCACUAGCACAGCGGAUCUGGUGGUGAAAAAGACCAUUUUUCCGCCAGUCUUUGGCCGACGUUUGCAGGCGCAGGUUAGCAAGAAGGGCGAGCGAUUAAUAAUGGAAGUGGAAGUAACUGGACUGCCGGAUCCGACAGUCACUUGGCUGAAGGACGAUAAACCCCUCAAGGAUGCUGGCAUCUCAGAGCAUCGCCUGCUUGCCCAGGGCAACUCAUACAAGCUGAUCAUCGAGAAAGCCCAAACGACGGACUCGGGCAAGUAUAUGGUAAGGGCAACUAAUGCUGGCGGCGAGGCCAAGAGCAUUGCGGACUGUGCCAUAUUGGAGCCAUCGCCGGAACGCAUGCAGGAGGUGGUCAAGACGAUCAUAUAUGAGGCGCCAGCCAGUGAAUUCAAAACUGAAAACCACUUCAAGAAAGAGCCCCAGUCAUAUCAGACCAAUCAAACCGAUGCAACCACUGCCAACGAUCUGCAUGGCCUGUCCGAGUCGAAAGUAAUCACUGAGCAUCGUUGCACCACCGAGGCAACGAUGCGUCUAGAGCACAAAUCGACAAAUCUAGACCUGCCCGAGCUGAAUCUGCGACCAAAGACACCAACCACCACAACCACCACCAACAACACCACCAACAACAACAACACUGCCAGCAUGGAUCAGACCGAUACACAGGCCAGUUAUAAAACUGGAGUUACACAAACCCCGCCGCCAGUGCCACCCAAGCCCUGUACUCCCGUUGUGGCCACGACCUUUGGCCAGCAGCCACAGCCACAACCACAACAACCAGCGCAGAUGCAGACGCAAAUCAACACCAGAUAUGAGAGCAGCACCAGCGAACAUAAAUCGUCCUCGUCCUUUGAGUACUUCAAGAAAAUUGAUGAGGAAACCCGACCCAAGCCUAUGGGACGUCGGCCUUUGGAGACGGUGGUGCGUCAGCCGCAGGCUCAGACUUUGUCAGAGGAGCUGAGAAGCAUGAAUCUCAUACCAGGAGCACCGCCAGAAUUCUGUUACACGCCCAAAACAGAGAAGCAGCUGCCCAAGCAGCCGCUCAUCCAUGAGAAGAUCAAGAUACUGGAGGAAGUGCAGCCAAGGGAGCCACCACCACAAGGCGGUGUGCCCGUCUUUCCGCCGCCCCUCAACCUGCAGAGCGUGCAGCAUGAAACAACACUAACCAAAGAGAUCAAGGUGGACUACGGACAGCCUAUUGUGCGUCCGGCGGCGGUGCUGGCGACUCCUGCACAGCAGAAUACGCGUUCGCCAUCGCCGAAGCCAUCGGCGGAAGGCGUGGCCAUGUCGAAACUGUGGACGCCCAGCGGCACCGCUGGCUACACGAGCGAUGUGGAGCAGAAGACAGAGCAGCAGAUCAGCAUCAACAAGCUGGCCACACCCACGCCCACCAAGGAGCUGAAUGCGCCCUUCCUGGUGCAGCAGGUGGCCAAAACUAUAACGCAGCCGCCAUCAUUGACGCCCGCACCGGCUGCAGUUACCCGAUUGGUGAACAUUGAACUUGAGCCGGGCACACCGCCAGAGAUUUGCUAUGCUCCCAAGCAGCCGGAGGAAGUGCGUCGCCAUUCGCUGGUGGAGAGCAUGGAGCAGAAACUAGAACAGAAUCUCCUACAGGGUCCCAGCAAGGUGCUGCCGCAUUCGGUGCCCACUUUAACGCCUGUCACGCCGCCGAAAUCCAACUGCUCCGCCUACCGCCCACCGCCGCCGGUCAUGCCCGGUCGCCUGGGUGCACACUACGAAAGCGACUACGAGAGCGAUCGCUACAAGUACAGUGGCAGCGAGUCCGAUGAGCCGGGCAAUCGGGCGCGCCAGCAACAGGCCACCAUGGAGACAUCAUUCAAGUCGAGUGGCUACGCAGCGGACACGGAGGAGCACUCCAGCUAUCGCAAGUCGGAGAGUAGCUUCUAUGAAACCAAAUCCUCGACAGCGACGAACGCUGCACCAACGCAAGCCAAGCUGCAGCCAGAGCCACCGGCGCAGCUUUACUUUACGCCCCAACCUCAGGCUCCGCCGCAAUCGAGCUACAGUCAGGAGGCGAAGAAUUACAAAUACACCUCGUCGAGCAUGUCGAGCAACAUGCAGCAGAGCAGCAGCAGCUCCACCCAUCACGAGACCAAGUACUCAUCGAAUGCCACGCCCCUGGUGACGUCCAGCCCAGUGCCGGCACAGCGUAAGACGCCGGCGGCGGAGUUCAGCGACUACAGCAGCGAGGUGGACGAGCGCUUCCGUUCGGUGUCGCGCGCCAAUGAAUCGGACUCUGAUAUCAAGGGCUAUCGCGUGGUAUUCCCACCGACGCCCACACCGCGCACCAACAUUGCCAAUGGUCACAAGUCGCCGGUGGUUGUGGUGACGCCAUCGCCCAUGGAGUUUGAGCCGACGCCACAGCAGCUGGGCAGCUAUACGCGCCCCAAAUUCGAGCCCAUUGGCAAGGAGAUACGCCACGAGAUCAAAACCGAGACUAGCUCCAAGCAGUAUCAGACAAGUCAGCACCAGCAACAGCAGCAGCAGCAGCAGCAGCAACAUGUCUUCAAGCCGAAGCCUGUGGCGGCCAAGUUUAUAGCCGCCACCCAGCAACAGCAGCAGCAGCCGCUGCCCAGCGCACGCCCGACCAUGUACUACAAUGCGGUGGCAGGUGCGCCCAUGCACAUGGCCAAGGUGGCCCACGAGACGAAGAAUGUGAUGCAGAUGCACGAGUCUACGGAGAGCUCCCAGCGGGUUGUCAAUAUGCAGCAGACCAAGCGCGUCAUUCACUUUGACAGCCAACAGCAGCAGCAGUUGCAGCAGCAGCAGCCACAACCAGCUCUGGAGCCGUUCCCCUAUAGCCCGGCGGGCAGUCGCACGCCCUCGCGUCAAUCGCAUUUGCCGCCGCCGGCCACGCCCACCAAAUUUAUACCAGGCGAGUUUCGGGAGAGCGACUACGAGAGCGAAGUGGAAGGCGCACGCAUUCAGCCGCUCUGGUCACCCUACGGCGAUGGCCUGACCAGGGGCUAUCGCCGUGUGGCUCCGCCGCAGACCGCGGGUCGCUCCUGCAGCCUGCCGCGCACCUAUGAGCGCGUGCUCUCGCCCAUGGAGUUCGACCGUGGCCCGGAAAUGCCCAGCAAGAUACAGGUGGAUGUGAAUACGUUGCGUAAGGAGCAACGCGGCGGCAGCACGGUGACCACACAGCAUCGCACCCAGUCCCUCAAUCGCAACAGCACCAUGAGGCAGCAGCAGUACGGCAGUCGGCAGCAGGAUGGCUCCCUGGACCAGACGGAUCAGCAGCAGCAUCUGCGAGCGGGCACCUUGCCGCGCUACGGCUACAGCACGCUGCACGAGCAGGCCGAGGGUCAGGGCAAGCGUAUGGGCUCCACGUUCCUACAGAAGUCACAUCAGUUCAUCGAAGACGUCAGCAGGGACAUGCAGAGCCAGCAGAGCAGCUCGAAUGGUCACGUUCUCCGUCCGGGCUUCAGACGCGCGCCCAGCGAGGGCAGCAAUCAGCCACAGGCCUACAGGGAUGAGUCGCGUGUCUCGCAAUACGUACAACAACAUCAAGGCGGUGUCGGAGGCACCUAUGUACCGCCCUCGUUGACACACGUUUAUGCCCAAGGUGACAUCUCACCGCCUGUAUUCGAGCAAAUCUUCAAGAACGCUCGCUUCGCUCAGGGUGGCAACGCCCUGUUUGAAGGUAGGCUGCGUGGCAACCCGAAGCCAUUCGUUACAUGGACCCGAAAAGGCGCACCACUUCUCGAGUCGCAAAAGUUUCGAAUGAGCUACAACGAGGCCACGGGUGAUGUGUCCCUGCUGAUCAACCAGAUCGGGCCCGGAGACGAAGGCGAGUACACGUGUACGGCUCGUAAUCAGUACGGCGAAGCCAUCUGCAGUGUCUAUAUACAACCGGAAGGCGCACCAAUGCCUGCACUGCAGCCCAUCCAGAAUCUGGAGAAGAACAUCUUCUCCAACGGUUAUUCGUAUACGUCCAUUGAGGAGGAAUUCCGUGUGGAUACGUUUGAGUAUAGACUUUUGCGUGAGGUCUCCUUUAGGGAGGCCAUUACGCGUCGUUCUACCUACGAGCAAGACACUCAGCUGUCCCAUGAGCUGGAUCGCUCCCUGGGCCCUGCGCAAGCACCACAAAUAUCGCAGAAGCCCAGAAGCUCAAAGCUCAUCGAGGGCUCUGAUGCUGUCUUCACAGCCCGCGUGGGCUCCAACCCGAAACCACGUCUCACCUGGUUCCACAACGGACAACGUCUGGUAGCCUCGCAAAAAUAUGAGAUCUCUUAUUCGAGUGGCGUCGCCACUCUGCGUGUGAAGAACGCCAAUGCCAAGGAUGGAGGCCAUUAUACCCUCUUGGCUGAGAAUUUGCAAGGCUGCGUCGUCUCCUCAGCUGUGCUGGCCGUCGAGCCGGCAGCUGAGACGGCCUACGAGCCCAAGCCCGUGGAUCAGAUGGCCGAGCAGUUGGAAGCUGGCAAGGCUUUGCCGCCUACAUUUGUCAAGGCCUUCAACGAUCGCGAGGUCACCGAGGGACGCAUGACGCGUUUUGAUUGCCGUGUUACUGGCAAUCCCUAUCCCGAGGUCUUCUGGUUUAUCAAUGGCCGUCAAGUGCGCGACGAUGCUUCGCACAAGAUCCUGGUCAACGAGUCCGGCAGCCAUUCGCUGAUGAUCACAAACGUGAGCCGCUUGGAUGGCGGCGCUGUACAAUGCUUGGCCCGCAACAAGGCCGGUGAGGUCGCCAUCGAGGCGCAGCUGCAUGUGCUGGAGAAAGAGCAAGUUGUCGCACCACAAUUUGUUCAACGCUUCAGCACGAUGACUGUGCGCGAGGGUGAGCCCAUCAGCAUGAGCGCCAAUGCCAUUGGCACACCAGUGCCGCGCAUCACCUGGCAAAAGGAUGGUGUACAAAUUUCAUCAACUGCUGAACGCUUUGUGGGCAUCGAUGGCGGUGCCACCUGCCUGGAGAUACCCCAAGUGAAAGCGACCGAUGCUGGCUGGUAUCAGUGUACCGCACAAAAUAUUGCCGGUUCCACAGCGAACCGGGCAAGACUCUAUGUCGAAGUUCCCAGAGAGCAACCAAGUCAAGAACAAAGGCGUCUCAAUCUACCAAGACCAACGAAAGUUAUCGAGCCUGAGCCAAUCCCUGGUCCUGAAAUCAUUUAUUUGCGCCAUGUGGAACGCGCCAAGCCCCAUCUGCGACCUGGCGAGGAGGAUCGCGUUUAUCCUCCACCACAGUUCAUUAUACCCCUGCAGAAUGUGCAGCAAACCGAAGGUGGUCGAGUCCACAUGGAGGCGCGCAUUGAACCCGUCGGCGAUCCAAGCAUGGUCGUCGAAUGGUUCCUCAAUGGUCGUCCGCUGGCAGCCAGUGCCCGCGCCACAUCUGUAUUCAAGUUUGGCUUCAUUGCUCUGGAUCUGCUGAGCAUUAUGGGUCACGAUUCUGGAGAAUACAUGUGUCGCGUCAGCAAUGCCAGCGGUGUGGCAGAGUCGCGCGCCAUUUUGUCGGUGGUCCAGCGACCAUCGAUUGAGCAAUCGUCGCAGAAUCCGAACAGCUUGCAGUACAUCAAUCAGCUGGAAGAUUACUCGCGCUAUCAGCGCCAGGAGAGCUUAGAGGAGUUGAUGAAUCAAGCUCCACAAUUUAUACGUCCACUGCGCGAUCUGGGUGAAUUCGAGGAGGGUAAGAAUGUGCACUUUGAGGCGCAAGUGACCCCAGUGAAUGACCCCAGCAUGCGUGUGGAAUGGUACAAGGAUGGCUUACCAAUUACCGCUAGUUCGCGCAUCACGGCCAUAUUCAACUUCGGUUAUGUCUCCCUAAACAUAUUGCACCUACGCGCCGAAGACACCGGUAACUACACCGUGCGCGCCGUGAAUCGCAUUGGCGAAGCCAUCAGCCAGUCCACCAUACGCGUGCACACGCGCUCCCAGGUCACCGCCGAUCUGGGCAUACCCGAACAGCAGCGUUACAUUGAAAAGGUUGAGGAAUUGGAGGACUACCGCAAGUCCCAGCAGCGUCGCCAUGUCCAGGAGGCCCCGGAGGCCAUUGCGCCGCCCAAAUUCAAAACACCCAUCCAGAAUCAGCUGGAUUUGCGUGAACACGCGCAUGCGCAUUUCGAGGCACGUCUCGAACCCAUUGGUGAUUCAACCAUGCGCGUGGAGUGGCUUAAGGAUGGGCAACCUCUUGAGGCUAGCUCGCGCAUAACCACCUAUCAUAACUUUGGCUACGUCGCGUUGACCAUCAAGCAGAUAACCAUAUACGAUGCUGGCACCUACACCUGCCGCGCCUACAAUGCCAUGGGGCAGGAUACAACCACGGCCCAGUGUACGGUCAUAUCGAAGAACGAGAUUGUCUCGGACACACAACAUCCGGGUGGUCUGCAAAAGAUCCAGCAUUUGGAGGACGCAUCACGCUAUGGUCGUCGCGAGGAAGAGGAAACGUACAUAACACAGGCACCGCGUUUCCUGGGCCCACUCAAGGGCACCACCAAGAUCCUGGAGGGUCAACGCGCUCACUUUGAGGCGCGCGUGGAGCCACAAAGUGAUCUGGGCAUGCGCAUCGAAUGGUAUCACAAUGGACGCGCUAUUACCGCAGCCAAUCGCAUACAAACAUACUAUGACUUCGGCUAUGUUGCCUUGGACAUUUCACAGGUGCGCGCCGAGGAUGCGGGCAUCUACACUGUGGUAGCUAGAAACAAGCUAGGUGAAGCUCAAUUGCAAGCAACGAUGGUAGUGGAAACUCGUUCCAACAUCGACACAUCUAGCAUGCACCGUGGCCUCUAUGAAAAAACGCAGAAUCUGGAGAACAAACCAUUCGUGGAGCCCCAGUAUGACAUCGAGGAGAUCUCAAAGUCGAAGCCCGUCUUUGUGCAGCCUCUUACUGAUCCCAAGCCCAUUCACGAUGGCAAAAACAUUCAUCUGGAGUGCCGUCUUGAGCCCAUGGGAGAUCCUACAAUGCGCGUCGAAUGGUUCCAUAAUGGACGCCCGGUCACCGUCGGCUCAAGGUUCCGCACUUACUACGAUUUUGGUUUCGUCGCCCUGGACAUCAUUCAGGCUACGGCAGCGGACUCUGGCGAGUACACUGUGCGCGCCACCAAUCAUCUGGGCUCAGCCCACACCUCCGCCUGUGUGCGUGUGAUUGAUCGCACCGAUGUGGUGACUGAAACCCAAAAUGAGCAAUCGCUGGAGCAGAUUCAGUUGCUUGAGGACUCGCGUCGGCGUCACCACCAGGAAGAAGAUAUAACCAUCAUGCAGGCGCCGCAGUUUACACGUGCACUGCAUAACAUCGAAACCGUCGAAGGCACCAAUGUGCAUCUGGAGUGCCGCCUGCAGCCCGUGGGCGAUCCCAGCAUGCGCAUCGAAUGGCUUGUUAAUGGCAAGCCAGUAAAGACGGGCCAUCGUUUCCGUCCCGCUUACGAGUUUGAUUAUGUUGCGCUGGACUUGCUCGGCUGCUAUGCCAUUGAUUCGGGCGUCUACACGUGCCAAGCACGUAAUCAAUUGGGCGAGGCUGUCACCUCCUGCUCCGUGCGCAUCAUCGCCAAAAAAGAUUUGAUUCUGGAAACCCAGAAUGAGUCUGGCCUUCAGAAGAUUCAAUAUCUGGAGGAUUCCUCACGGUAUCGUCGCAAUGAGUUUGUGGAUGAGGUGGUCAACAUUCGUCCACGCUUUCUUACCCAUCCAAAGAGCCUGACCAACACCCGCGAGGGUGCCCACGCCCACUUCGAGUGCAAAAUAGAGCCAGUCACUGAUCCCAAUCUGAAGGUGGAGUGGUUCAAGAAUGGCCGUCCUAUAACCGUAGGUCAUCGUUUCCGUCCCAUACAUGAUUUCGGCUACGUGGCCUUGGAUAUUAUUGGCCUGAUUGCAGAGGACUCUGGUGUUUACACUUGCCGGGCUGUUAAUCUAAUUGGCUCCGAUGAGACUCAGGUGGAACUGCAAUGCCGCAGCGGCGAACAAAUUGUCACCGUUACCCAGAACGAGGCUGGUUUGGAGCAGAUUCAUUAUCUGGAGGAUCGUUCCCGUUAUAGCCGCCGCGAGGAGGUCGACGAGAGCACCAAGCAGGCGCCAGUCUUCACCACCUCGUUGAAAAACGUUGAGAUCAAGGAAAAUCAGCGCGCCCAUUUCGAAUGCCGUUUGAUUCCGGUUUCCGAUCCCUCGAUGCGUGUAGAAUGGUACCACAACAACUUGCCCCUAAAAUCCGGCUCCCGUUUUACAGAGACCAGCAACUUUGGCUUCGUUGCCUUAGACAUAAUGUCCACCCUGCCAGAAGAUGCGGGUACCUACACUUGCCGUGCCUACAAUGCAGUGGGUGAAGCCAUCACCUCUGCCGUUGCCGUGGUGCACACCAAGAAGUCCAUCUAUUUGGAGUCCCAGCACGAGACUGCAUUGCCAAGACUGCAGCACUUGGAGGAUGGCUCCAAGCGUCAACGCAUUAGCGUUCAGGAAGAGUUUGUCUCGCAGGCUCCAGUUUUUACCAUGCCCGUGAGGGAUGUUCGUGUAGCUGAGAACCAGGCUGUGCACUUUGAAGCCCGUCUUAUUCCCGUGGGUGAUCCAAAACUCAAGGUUGAAUGGCUGCGCAACGGCCAGCCCAUUGAGGCAUCUAAUCGCACAACCACCAUGCACGACUUUGGCUAUGUGGCUCUGAACAUGAAGUACGUGAAUCCCGAGGAUUCUGGCACCUAUACCUGCCGUGCGGUUAACGAGCUGGGUCAGGCCGUGACAUCCGCCUCUCUGAUUGUGCAGUCUAAGACGGCCAUUCAGCUGGAGACGCAGCACGAAGCAGCCAUGCACAAGAUUCAUCAGCUAGAGGAUCACAGCAAGUACCAGCGCCGUGAGGAGGAGGAAUAUACCGUUACCACUGCGCCCACGUUUGUCACCAAGCUUAUUGGACCCACCAAUCUGGUUGAGGGUCAGAGUGCCCAUUACGAGUGCCGCAUCGAACCCUAUCCGGAUCCAAAUCUGAAGGUUGAGUGGUUACAUAACGGCAAGCCCCUGAGCACCGGCCAUCGCUUCCGCACCACCUACGAUUUUGGAUUUGCCGCCCUCGAUAUUCUCACUGUCUAUGCGGAGGACAGUGGCGAAUACACUUGCCGUGUGACUAACAAUCUGGGCGAGGCUGUCAACUCGAUUGCCCUCAAUGUGACUUCCCGUUCGUCGAUUAUUCAUGAAACCCAGCACGAGGAGGCGCUGCAUAAGAUUCAGCAUCUGGAAGAUACCUCCCGUUUCCAGCGCAAAACCGAAGAGGAACAAUUCCACGCGGAGCGUCCACAGUUCGGACGCCCACUGCGUAAUGCUAAGGUCAAUGAGGGCACACCCGUACAUCUUGAAGCCACACUGAUCCCUGUGAACGAUCCCACCAUGAAGGUCGAAUGGUAUUGCAAUGGCAAACCCAUCCAAUCGGGACACCGUUUCAAGACCACUUACGAUUUCGGUUUUGUUGCCUUGGACAUACUGUAUGCCCACGCCGAGGAUACGGGCACCUACAUGUGCAAGGCCAAGAAUGCUGUUGGGGAAGCUGUCACGACUUGUGCUGUAAACGUAACAGCAAAUAAGACACUGGAUCUGGAUACGCUCGAUGCUCAGCGACUGGAGAAGAUUCGCCAGCUUGAAACCUAUGUGGCACCCGCAAAGGUCGAAGUGGAGGAGAAAGGACAGAAACCAAUUUUCCUUACCCCACUUAGCAACCUAGAGCAUCUUAAGGAGGGCGAGCACGCCCAUUUGGAGUGCCGCGUUGAACCUAUCAACGAUGCCAAACUGAAGAUAGAGUGGUUCUGCAAUGGAAAGCAAUUGCCUACUGGACAUCGUUAUCGCACCACCCACGACUUUGGCUACGUAGCUCUGGACAUUUUAUACGUUUAUGGAGAGGACACAGGCACCUAUAUGUGCAAGGCCACCAAUCUCCUGGGCGAAGCGGUCAACACCUGCAAUGUGCGUGUGCUGAACCGACGCAGCAUGAUCCUAGACACUCAGCAUCCUGAUGCACUGGAGAAGAUACAGAAGUUGGAGUCUAAGGUUGUCACCACACGCACAGAAGUCGGCGAUCACCCCAUUGGUCCACCCCAUUUCACCGCUGAACUGCGUGGCUCCACAGAGAUAUACGAGGGGCAAACGGCACACUUUGAGGCCCAGGUGGCGCCCGUGCACGAUCCCAACUUGCGAAUUGAAUUCUAUCAUAAUGGCAAGCCUCUGCCCUCGGCUGCCCGUUUCCACAUCACCUUUGACUUUGGCUAUGUGUCAUUAGACAUUACCCACGCCGUGGCCGAAGAUGCAGGCGAAUAUUCUGUGCGUGCUGUUAAUGCCUUGGGUCAGGCCGUAUCUAAGACCAAUCUGCGAGUGAUUGCCCGCGGCACUAUUAUUUCGGACACUCAACAUCCUGAAGGCCUAGAGAAGAUACGUAAAUUGGAGUCUACGGCACCGCAUCAGCGCCAGGAAGUUGAAACUCCUGGCACACGCCAGCGUCCAGUGUUCACACAACCGCUUCAAAAUAUUGAUCGCAUCAAUGAGCACCAGACCGCCCACUUUGAAGCUCGUCUGAUUCCAGUGGGUGAUCCCAACUUGAAGGUCGAAUGGUACCGCAACGAGAAACUGAUCGAGGAUAGUUCCCGAAUUACUAAGCAGCAUGACUUUGGCUUUGUUUCGCUGGACAUCUCGCACAUCCGCAAGGAGGACGAGGGCGUUUAUAUGUGCCGCGCCAUUAAUCCGCUGGGUGAGGCCGUCACCACCGCGUCUAUGCGUGUGGUUACUGAGGCCAGCAUCCAAAUGGAUACUCAGCAUCCGGACAGUAUCCGUCGUAUUCAUCAGCUGGAGAAGCCGCUGGCUCCACUUCCCACCGAGCCGGAGCGUCUCUUCGAGAAGCCCAUCUUCACACAGCUUCUUACAGGCCCGUCUGAGCUGUGGGAGGGCGCACAUGCGCACUUUGAAGCCCGUGUUGUACCUGUUGGUGAUCCCUCACUCAAGUUCGAGUGGUUCAUUAAUGGCGUGGAACUGCAAAUGGGAUCCCGUCUGCGCACCACCCACGACUUUGGCUUUGUCACUCUGGAUAUUGCCGCUGUGGUGCCUGAGGAUGCUGGUGUGUACAUGUGCCGCGCCUACAAUGCCGCUGGCGAGGCUGUGUCUUCCACUGCCAUGAAGGUGAAGACGAGAGCCAACAUUGAUGGACAGCCCUUGAUUCCCGAGUCCUGGGAGGCCAUUCGCCUGAAGGAGGCUGCAAUGAACCGUGUGCCCGAAAUGUUUGUGGACUCUACACCACAGCAGGCUCCAGUUUUCACCACCCACUUGCAGAGCUACGACAAGUUGCACGAGGGUCAGCAUGUUCUUCUGGAGGCUCAGGUAGAGCCACGCGCCGAUCCCAAUCUGCGCAUUGAGUGGUUCAAGAACGGAAUCUCAUUGACUACCGGCUCUCGUAUACGCAGCACCUUUGACUUUGGCUUGGUAACCUUGUCCAUUAACGGCUUGCGUGAGGAUGAUUCCGCUAUUUACACUUGCAAAGCCACAAACCAGGUGGGCGAGGCGGUGUCGACUUCGUCACUCAAGAUUGAAGAUCGCCACUGGCUACACGCUGAGUCCCUGCAUCCGGACUCUCUGCCACGAAUUGGUGAGCUGGAGGCACCUAAGGAAGGUCGUCCAGAGGCCCCAGAGCCGACUUAUGAGACGCCUGUGUUUAUCACGCAUCUGAACAACAUUGAGUGCAAGGAGAGCGACAAUGUGCGCUUUGAGUGCAAUGUGGAGCCAGCCCGUGAUCCAACCAUGAAGAUUGAAUGGUUCUACAAUGGACAACCCCUGCAGGCCGCCGCCAAGUUCAAGUCCAUCUAUGACUUUGGCUAUUGUGCCCUGGAUCUGACUAAUGCGUAUGCCGAGAACAGCGGCAUCUAUACCUGCAAGGCCACCAAUAGCAAGGGCUCGGCCACCACUUCUGGAACAUUGAAAUGCACUGGUGGCAAGACCAUGUUCCUGGACACCCAACAUCCACAGGGUGAGAGCGGUCUGGAAGCUGUGCAGGAAACGGAAGAGGCAUUGGCCAAUCGAUAUGCCCAGAAGACAACCAAGCCGGAGACUCAAUACCCACCACCAUACUGGACAAAGCCACUUCAGCAGGAGUUCCACCUAUCAGAGGCGCAACCCAUCCAUCUGGAAGCCAAUGUGGAGCCCAAAGAGGAUCCCAACUUAGUUAUCGAAUGGUAUUUCAAUGGCAAGCUGCUGCAGCAUGGUUCACGCUUUAAGAUGACCACCGAAUUCGGUUUCGUUACCAUGGACAUGAUAGAAGUGUACUCCAGAGAUCAGGGCAUCUACACUUGCAAGGCCUACAACAAGGCUGGCGAGGCAUUCACAUCCACAACAAUAUUCUGCUCUACCAAGGACAGUAUCAUUGAAUCCACUCAACAUCCAAAGGGCGCUGAAGGUCUGGAGCAGAUUCAAGAUCUGGAGGACUCGCUGCGCAAGGAUGGCAGCAAGCCGGAGCAGCCAGAACAGGGCAUUGCACCACGUUUCACCACCGAAUUCGUUAACAUUGUGGAUAUUGGCGAAGGCGAAUUGGCCCAUUACGAGGCUAAUCUCAUUCCUCUGGGAGAUCAGAGCAUGGUCAUUGAAUGGUUCUUCAACGGAAAGGUUCUCGAGGCCAGCCAUCGCGUGCGCACCAUCUAUGCCUUUGGUACCGUCGCACUGGAAGUGCUGGGCACCAAGAUCGAGGACACUGGCACCUACACCUGCCGCGCCACUAACAAAUAUGGUUCGGCUGAGAUAAGCUGCACUUUGGAGUGUGUGGAAAAGCCACGUGGUCAGAAGCCGCACUUCACAUCGCAUAUUCAACCGCUACAGGGCCUGAAGGAUAGUCAAUCUGCGCACUUUGAGUGCACCCUGAUUCCGGUUAAUGAUCCGGAGCUCAAGGUCGAGUGGUAUCAUAAUGGCAAACUGCUCCGUCACUCCAAUCGCAUCAAGACGGUAUCCGACUUUGGCUAUGUGGUCCUGGACAUUGCCUAUCUGCAGGAUCACGACAGUGGUGAAUAUGUUUGCCGAGCCUACAACAAAUAUGGCGAGGACUUCACCCGCACCACUCUCAACUGUGGUGGUCGUGGCGGCGUCUUUUACGACAGCUUGCAGCCCGAUUCACUGCAAAGGAUUCGUGAGCUGGAAUGCCCACAGGGACAGCAAACGGAUACCAGCGCACCACUGGUUGCCGAGCCACCCAAGUUCAUUACGCAGAUCAGCGAUGUCACCAAGCUGGUUGAGGGCCAGAGCGCUCACUUUGAGGCGCGCCUGACGCCGAUUACCGAUCCCGACUUGGUGGUUGAAUGGUAUUUCAAUGGCAAGAAGCUUCCACAUGGCCAUCGUUUCCGCACCUUCCACGACUUUGGCAUUGUCAUCCUGGACAUACUCUACUGCUACGAGGAGAACUCUGGCGUUUACGAGUGCCGUGCCUAUAACAAGUACGGCGAGGAUGUUACUCGUGCUAGUCUGAAGUGCGCAUCCAAGGCCAGUCUUAUUUUGGACUCACAGCUGCCACGCGGCAUGGAAGGUGGUCUGGAGAAGAUUGCCAAUCUGGAGUACAGCAUGGUGCGCUCACGUGAGGAGACUACAGAAGAAACCAGAGGCAAGGCACCUGUAUUCACCGUGCCACUGGAGAAUAUUGAAAACCUGCGCGAGGGCGAGAAUGCUCACUAUGAGGCACGCAUUACGCCCGCUGAUGAUCCCAAGCUGAAGGUAGAAUGGUACUGGAAUGGCCGUCCAUUGAAGGCAGGCUCACGCUUCCGCACUUUCUGCGACUUUGGUUUCGUCAUCUUGGAGAUUUCGCCCGUUUAUCCCGAAGAUUCGGGUGAAUACUCGUGCCGUGCCAUCAAUGAGUAUGGUGAGGCUGUGACUACUGCAACGAUGAAAAUCCAGGGCAAGCGCAGUAUCAUCAUGGAAUCGCAACUGCCCAAGGGCAUGGAGGGCACCAUCGAUCGUAUCGCCGAGCUGGAGGGUCUGGGCUCGCGCAGCACAGAGUUUGUGCCGGAAGACGAUACAGGCAAGCCGCCAGAAUUUAUUACGACGCCUUUCGACAUGGUCAUCGGAGAGAACUCCUUGGCCCACUUCGAGUGUCGUCUGCAACCCAUUAACGACCCGUCUAUGCGUGUGGACUGGUUCCACAACGGCAAGGCAUUGUGGGCCGGAUCUCGCAUUAAGACCAUUAACGACUUUGGCUUUGUUAUUCUUGAGAUUGCCGGCUGCUACCAGCGGGAUACAGGUCUGUAUACCUGCAAGGCAACCAACAAACAUGGUGAGGCUACGGUGUCCUGCAAACUGCAGGUCAAGGGUCGCCAAGGCAUUGUUAUGGAGCCGCAGCUGCCCUCGAACUUCCGCACUGGCACUGAGAGCCUGCAAAAGCUGGAGGAGAGCAUGCACAAGCGGGAAGAGAUUGUCAUCGAUGAGGAGCAACCAAAUCCGCCCAAGUUUACUGAGCAAAUCAAGGAUAACUUGGAUGUGCCAGAAGGUGGACCGAUACACUUUGAUUGCCGCGUAGAGCCCGUUGGAGAUCCAACAAUGCGCAUCGAAUGGUUCUACAAUGGACGUGUCAUGGCCACCGGCUCCAGAGUGCAUCAACUGAACGACUUUGGCUUCAUUGCUUUGGAUAUUGACUACAUUUAUGCCCGCGAUUCCGGCGAGUAUACCUGCCGUGCCACCAAUAAAUGGGGCACUGCCACCACCACUGCACAGGUCACCUGCAAGGGCAAGCACAACAUUGUUUAUGAAUCGCAGCUGCCCGAGGGCAUGACCGCCGAGAAGUUGAAGGAACUGGAACGCGGACGCAUACCAGAGGCACCCCAGAUUGUUGAAGAGCAGUUUGGACCACCGAAGUUCAUCACUCAAAUAGCUUCAUGCACGGCCGAGGAGUCUGAGGCCGUGAGGUUCGAAUGUCAAGUAGAGCCCAAGACUGAUCCCAGUCUGCGUGUUGAAUGGUAUCGCAAUGGCAAGCCUUUGCCCCUGGGUCAUCGCUAUAGAAACGUCUUUGACAUGGGCUUCGUCUCGCUGGACAUUUUGUAUGUGUACAGCGACGACUCUGGCGAGUACGUUUGCCGCGCUGUCAACAAUCAUGGCGAGGAUCGCACCAAGGCUACCGUCUCCUGCAAGAAAUUGCCAACGAUAUUGCUGCAAAAUCAAGUGCCACGUGGCAUGAAACGCUCAGACGCGCUCACCCAAAUGGAGGCUACUAUCAAAAAGUACACGACCGAGGUGCAUCUAACCGAGGAUGAUCUUUUCGAUCCCGAUCGCAAACAGCCACCUCGAUUUGUUACCCAGAUCAAGGAACAGCUCACAUUGACGGAGAUGGCCAAAACCAAAUUCGAGUGCCAGCUGGCGCCUGUGGGUGAUCCGAACAUGAAGGUCGAAUGGUUCUUUAAUGGCAAACCUUUGCUCUACAAGAAUCGCUUCGAGCCUAUCUACGAUUUUGGCUAUGUGGCCAUGAACUUCGGCUGGGUAUACCCCGAGGACAGCGGCGAAUACGUUUGCCGAGCCACAAACUUGUAUGGCAUGGAUGAGACUCGUGCCUUUAUCAAGGUCUCCGGCAAGCCAGGUAUUGUCUACGACUCCCAAUUGCCGGCCCAUAUGCAGAGCAUUGAUCGCAUUCGCGAAAUGGAAGCUUCCUGGCAAGUUGUGCCCGAUGAAGUUGAUCCUGAUGCCAAACCUAGAACGAAGCCCAUGUUUGUUAGCAAGCUGGAGCCACAGACGGUGGAGGAGGGUGAAUCCGCCAGGUUCUGUGUGCGCGUCACCGGACAUCCACGUCCUCGAGUCAUGUGGCUAAUCAAUGGUCACACUGUUGUGCAUGGAUCUCGUUACAAACUGACCAACGAUGGCAUGUUCCAUCUUGAUGUACCCAAGACGCGUCAAUAUGAUACUGGCAAGGUGGAGGUUAUAGCGCGCAACUCUGUGGGCGAAUCGAUUGCUUCGACCGAACUGAAUGUUGUCGCACGCUCUGAUGAUUAUCGCAAUGUUCUCAAGAACUCACCACGCCGCAUCGUUGGAUCUAAGGAUUAUCGCAAGCCAGAAUGGGUGACUCACAUGGAAGAGAUGCAAGUCGCUCUCAAAGAAACCACAGCCACAAAAGUGGAAAAACAAUUCAUACAGCAACAACAAGAACAAGAACAAGAACAAAUAAUAGGUCAAGAACAACAUGUACAAAUACAGGCUGAACAAACAGUGCAUAGCAAAACCAAAACUAAAAAGCAUAAGCAUAAACAUACAGAAAUAAUACAACAAGAACAAAAACAACAACAACAAGAAACGAGAGAAACUUUUGAGGAGCAGAGAGAAGCCUUUGCAGAGGAGUCAAACACAGAAGCUCCAACAAUUGAGACACUCGAGCAAAUUGAAGAGCUAUUGCCGUAUAGUACAAAACUAUCCACCCAAAAUCUAUCACAGAGCACACAUGAAACAAUUCCAGUUUCAGUAACUACAGAACUCUCUACACCAGCACCGAUAGCGGCACAGGUACAAAAUGAACUUUUACCGCAAAAGACUUUAGCAGUGAAUGAGGAAUGUUUAGCGUUUGAUGAGGUUAGUUCUAGUUUGGAUCGGUCCACCCCGGCGACUAGUGAGCUUACCGAGCAAGUUGAAGUUCGUGAAAGACACGCAGCUUCUAUUACUGAGAUGCAGACAAGGGAAACUCCCAAAGAGUUAAAAUCUUCCAAAAUACCCAAGCUUAUUCAAGCUGAGCGCAAAAUUAAAGAGUCGCGUCCAUUGCUUAUUGAAACACCAAGCAUCGCGGAUACUUUGGGUGAGUUGGAGUCGUUAAAAGCUCCCACCCAGCAAGCACAUGGCGAGAUCCUAUACUCUCAUGAGCUCACCUCGGAACAGCAGUCAACGUUGGACAGUGUCGAAAGCUUUAAAACUCCGUCAAUUAGUAUGGAAAACGCACAAUCACAAUUCCGUGAAAAAGAAGGUCUUCUGAUUACUGAAUCAUUUAGAGGUGAGACUGUAGCUAAGGAAGCACCAAAAAUAAAGCCCAAUAUUGAGCAAAUCUCUCCAAAAUUAACUUCAAGUCAUAGCCUUGGCGUUAGUGAGUGGCAACCAGAAGACUCUGUAAUGGAACUCAUACCAGCAGAAGGGGUGCGCGCUGAGAGUACAUCAAUGUCGAUACAAGAGUUUAAAGCAUUCAGCACUAGAGAAACCAGGUUAUUAGAAAGUGAAGAAGAAAUCAGCGCUGGAUUUCAGCCUACAAAGUCUACAGCAGAAAUUUCAAUUAAGCCCGAGGAGAGACCGCUUCUUGUGCAGGAAGUUGACAUAAUGGAGUCACUUAGUGAUGAAAAGCCUUUAAAGCCGCGGCAUAUUGAGGUUCAGGCUGUACAGCAAUUGGUAUUAUUUGAGGGCCUAAUAAAUACGACAGCAGAAGCGCGCAGUCCUAUUGAAGAGAGCUUGCCAAUGUUCAAGACUGACUCACACGAAGCAAAUUCGAGUUUGGAGACACAAUCACAUAUCAUUACUCAGGAGACUGUCUUCAACGAGGAUGGAACACAGGAUUUAGCUUUAGAGAAACUACCCAAAAUCAUAGGUGCCACAUCAAGCCAAAGCAGUUGUCUCACAGUUGGUGAGAUUCUAGAGAUGCAAUUGGUCGAAACUACGGAAAAUCUAAAUAAGCCAACAGUAGAGCCUGCUAAACCUGCGAAGAAAACAUUAACUAAGGGCUUUGAGACCGUCGUAGGUAAUCAGGAAGCAAUAUAUGAUACCCUUGAGUUAAUGGAUCAUGCGUGCACUGAGCUCAAUCGAGGAAAAGUAAAUAUUACAGAAGGAGAGCUGGUUGCAGAAGUGCAGACACAAACUGCUAUUGACACGGAGCAGAAACUCUUGUCGGAGGUACCUGACACCGUGAAGGCAAAGCUGAAUUUCGUUGAACAGAAGGCAUUGGAUGUUAAACAGGAAACUGGCAUUGAGAAAGAAAACAGUUUUCUUCAAGAAAUACAAAUACCUGAGCAAGCCGCUAUAGAAAAAAUAAUCCCUGCUGAGCUGAAGGUAAGCAGUGUGUGGGAAGUGCAUCCUCAACUUACACCUGUCGAUAUUCAAAGUGAUAAUGUUAAACCAGCAUCAGCUACUCAAGUUUUUGAGUCAAAACCAGUUGGAGUGAUAAGUGAACAAGAAUCGCUUAAAGGAAUAGAUUAUCUAAAACUACAACAACAGCCCGAACUCAAGUCUGGAAAAAUACUUAUGGAUGAAAAUCAGCAGCCGUUGGAAGUAACUGCUGUGCAGGCUAUCGAAAGCUCCGAACUUAUCGAAUCAGCUCCUCACCAAAUAGAAACAAAAGCUCAGAAAUCACAAGAUACAUAUAAUCAUGCGGAGCAUAUGCUAGUGACAAUUUUGGAGUCUACCAAGGAACAUGCGACUGACACCAAGCCAACUGCGGCACUAGCAGAUUUUACAGUGCCAACUCAAAUUGGAACUGAUAUAACGGAACAAGCAUUACUGGAAACCUUACAGUCUCAUCAGCAGUCAACUCAGCCCCACCAACAAAUAUCAGGAACAAACUUUGAGCUUCUGCAGCCCUUAGAUACAAGCUCUGUUUUGACUCUAGAACAGGAAAUAGCUUUGCAGUCAGAUGAACAAAAUGCAACUCAAAAUGCUGUUAUAGAAACCGUCAGAGCUUUACAAGUGCCAAAUAAAUCAAGCCCCCAGCAUUUGGAAUCAGUGCAAGAGCUUGGUGACAAAACACAACCAUCUGAACAGCACGCUCUAGUCAAUAUUGGCGAAAUUACACUACCUGAAUGUGAAGAGGUAACAUCAUUAGAUGCCAUAAAAGAUUACCUAUCACCAGCUUUAAAUGAGUCUUUUAUAACUAACAUGAAAAUCAUUGAAAACACAUCAUCUUUGAAAACGACUACAGCUAUAGUAAGUGAAGAAACUGGGCAUAUUGAAGAGCCAAUCAUCCUUCAUCAAGAUGGUAUUACACCAAAACUAAGUGACUUUACCAAAAAAUCACCGCUCUUAGAAGAGCCGAAUGUUUUGGAGCAUGCAGCAAAUCUUACCACUUUUAGUCCAACAUUAGAAACUAGACAGCCUACAAUCAGCAGUUUUGACGAAAUUCAUGUGCAGGAAACGAAAACAUUUGAGAAAGAGGUUGCACUAGAUGAUCUCUCUCAGCCAGUCAAGCAGUUGGCUAAAGUCUCACUUGAUUCUACAGCUGGUAUUGUGCUGAGUCAACGGGAGAAUACUUUCGAAUUGGAACGUGAUCUAGAGGUGCCAUCUAUUUCAUUCGAGCAAGCAAAAUGUGUUGAUUCGGAAUUAUUAAAGUUGCCGUUGACCGAAGGAGUGGAGGAAAAUCAGUUAACUGGACAUCUGGCAGCCUUCUCAGUGUCAAACACUUUUGCAAAGCCAAACAUUGAUGUCUUAUCGGAAACAAUAACCACUGAAGCCAUAAUUUAUGAUAAUGUUUUAAUAUCUAAAGAUGAUGAUCAGCCCAAAUGUGUAAGCUCUCAGUCUUUAAUUCCUCAUGAGCAUAAAAUGAUCAGUGAGUGUAUGCUUAUUGGAGAAGUUGAAGAACUUCUGAAGACACAAGAAAAACAAAGAACUGCUAAGCCCACUCAGGACACUUUUAGCCAAUUAGCUAUAAAAGAGGAUCAAAAUACACUAGAAGCCGAAUUGUCAUUCGAUACAGAACGGUCACAGGAAUUUAAUGCAAAGGUUAGCGAAGUUAUUCCAGCUCUUUACACCAAAGGGGUCAAUGAAAUUGAGGUGUAUGAAACGCUUGGUCAAACGAAGCCUAGUGAGACUUUAAAUAAACAAGAAGCUGGAAUUUCCCAUGCAUCGAGUCAUGCUCCAAUUGUAAAUCUACAACAAGCUAUAGAAAGUUCGGAAAACUUUCUUUCCGAGGCCCAAACCAGCUCAGCUGCUACCUCAAGUGAUAAUGCUUCCCAAUUAAAACUGCCUGUAAAUACUUCAAUACAAACAGUUGAGGACGCUGAAGAAUUUAUUACAUCAACAUUGGCCGAGACAGUUGCUCAGCCCAACUUGGAAGGACACCAUUUUGAAGUAACAGUCAUGGAUAGUCACUACGUCGAGGAUACAGAAUCCAUAUCUCCACACGAUGAUGUGGCUACAAAGGCAACAGAAUCUAUGAAUGUAAUAUUCAAAGCUACUUCUGAGUCAGAAGAAGUCCACAUAUUUCAAAAGGAGUCUGCCAUACAGCCAACACAAUCCCAGGAGGUUAUUGCAAAGCCUGGAUUAAGCGAUAUUCUUCAGUAUACAACAACAACUGAUACAAUGCCCUAUGAAUUAUCAGAGAAUAUUAAACAUGCAGAAUCUAAUACACAGAAAGCUCAAGUACAUCCUUAUGUACCGACUGACGCUAACAAACUAAACGUUCAACUUGAUGAUCUCAUCCUGCAAAAAGAGGAUACGUUCUUGAACACUCAUCAAAUUGCUUAUGGUAAACCCUUUAUUGAAGGAACACGACGUGAAAUGCUAAUCUCCGAAGUGAUACCUAUUGAAAAUAUUGACAGCUUAGGACUACCUACAAUUUCGGCUCAAGAGUCGACAAGAAGUGUAAUCAGUCAACCGAAAACACACAAGACAGUAUCCGUAGUUGCGGUGUAUGAAAAAGCAGAGGAAUUGAAAUAUGAGCGCCCAAAAGAAGGUCACGGCACCAAACUCGGCGAUUCCGAUACCAAAUGUGCUAACGUAACAGCAAUACAAACUGGUUUUAUUAAAGAAGGUGAUAUGGCUCCCUUGGCUCCCUUUAUUAAAAAUAAUGUUCAAGUUUCUAGCACGGAGAAAGAAUCAUUGGUAACUGAGGAAGUCAUCAGCGUAAGUUCCAUACAAGAAAGUUACGACCUUCGAGUGCCUAUAGAAGUGAAUGCUAAUUUAAUAUGUGAACCUACGAAUAAGGCUGCAACUAUUACUGAGCAGUUGGUCUAUGAAGAAUCUCCCAAUAUUAAUGUUGAGGAAAGCAAGUGCUUAACGCCAAAAUUAAAUUUUGUAGAAAGCUCUAUCAAACCAGUUCAAACAUCCACCGUAAGCGUAUACGAAAAUAUUGAAGGGCACGGUGACUUCAAGCCACAGAGUGCACAACCAACCUCUGAUAUUUUAACAGACCUAAACAUUUCGGUUGUGGAAGAAGUAUCUGUUAUAUCUUCCUUAGAUAGUAUUUCAAAGGUAGAGCCUACAAAGGCAAAAGCGAUCGAAGAUAACAUAACACAUAAGAAUCUACUUGUAACCAAGCAAGAGCCCUUUGAAAAUGUUAAACAUUUAUUGGAGGACAAGAUUCCUGCUAUGGAAUGUGCGAGUUACGCCACUACGGAUGCAAAAGUUGCACCUCUGUGCUGGGAACUCCAGGUAACGGAAACUAUUCUUGAAACAAGCAGCUCUAAAGUAGAUUUGGAACAUGCAAAGCCUUCAAUACUGCCAUACAGCUCGAGUCUCAGCCAACAGACAAUUACAGAAGAACAAGUCACAACACUACAUAAGAAAAACCAAACACUGCCCACAAAUGCAAAUAUAAGUUAUGAAACGAACACUAAAAAUCAAGUUGAUAUAUUAAAUUUAGCAGCAAACCAAAAUGUUGUAUAUGACCUGGAAAUGCCUACAAUAGCGGAAAGAGAGAAUGCUUUGCAAAAAAUAUUAUUUGUACCUGACAAUGUAAAUGUUCUUUUGCCUCUUGAGGCUAAGCCUCUCGAAGAUGCACAAUAUACGAUAAUACCGAAAAAUGACAAAACACAAACUGACUUGGAGUUACAUUCUGAGCCAAAAAUGCAAUCUACACAACGAUCUGAGUAUGAAAGCUUAAGUACAAACAUAUUAAAUCAAACGGUAAAAUCACAUCCGGCGGAGAAACAGCAACCCGAACACACUGAAACGGAACACCCAGUUUACAUAACAACAUUUAAAUCUGUACAAAGUGAAGAUGGCGAAACCACAAUUCAAACUGAAAAUAAAAGAGUUUCUCAAGAGGAAGGCAUCGUUGUUGAGGAAGUGCUAAGUGACACUGAACCCAUUAUGGAAGACACUACACAAUCAAAUAUUGAAAUUGUCGAAGUCAGCGAGCCUACAGACCAAUACAACAAAGAGUACACUAUCACAGAACCCGAAGAUGCAAGUGCAAAUAACACCGUACAUACACCGACCAAAGUUAAAAAACCCAAACAGAAAAAGACACAACCACAUCAAUUUGAACAGAUUGACGAGACUGGGGAACUUGAGGGGGGUGCAGGGGAACCUGCAGACAAACCCAAAAGCGUUGUAGAAAAUAUACCAGAUGAAGUACAGGUUGAGAAAAGUACAGGGGAGAAAUUAGGGCCAGGGCCAGCUGAGAAAAAAGAAAAACCAAAGAAGAAGAAGGUGAUAAAGCCGAAAAGGAAUGAGAUGGAUGAUUAUAUACAGUUCCUGAUACACCAGGAAAUACCGAAAACGGUCUUACAGCCGUAUGUACGUACUGAAAUGGAACAUCCACAAAGGGCGCGCCGUGACUCGUCUAUAAAACCAAUGAAGCUAACUCCGAUGAAAAUUGAGAAAAUUGAAGUAAAAAAACCGAAAAUGAUUGAAAUAAGCUCAGUGGUCGAAUUUCCGCAAAUGCUCAAGCUCAAAACUCCGAAACAACGUCCACAGGAAGAAAAGAAAAGGAAAUCCAGCGAAGCCUCCUUUAAAAAUAAAAAACUUAAGAGUUUGAUAAGGUUUAUACCUUACGCACCGUAUUGCUUUCCUUAUACGGUUAUUGAUAUGGAAACUAGGCGAGAUAAUGGUGAGCUCUCUCGAAAUAUAGAAGAAGCAGAGGAAGUAUUGAAGAAGCGUCCAAAGAAAUUCAAGCAUACUAAACCUGUUAAAGCUGAUCUAGAAGAAUUCGAUUUGGAAACAUUUGAAGAUGAGAGCAAACCGUUAGAUGAAACCAAAGACAAACCAAAGUAUAAACGGGGCAAAAAGGACAAAAAUGAAAAAGAAGAUGAACAUAGAAAAUUAAAGAUUGGUAAGGGUAAUCUUCCGGAAAAUGUUGAAUCAACAGAAACCGUUGAGUUGAAGCCAGUAAAGUUCGAUGAUAAAACUCAAGUUGAGGCUGAGAAACCAAAGGAAAAAACUAAAGGAAAGAAAACGAUAAAGAAGGUAAAAGAAUCAAGUGACACCGAUGAUAAACUUGCUUUCGAGCCCCUCUUGAGUGAUGACGACACUGAAGAAAAGGAAAGCAAACCAUUCUUCAAAUUUGAGGUCAUUGAAUUAGAGCCCAAGGAAAUGCUAGAGGAAUCAAGUGAUAUUUCGCGACCUGAAAAAGAACGCAAGAAGAAACGUAAACUAAAGCUUAAAACAGAAUUAGAAGAAAAUCUCGUUGAGAUAGUCGAAAUUUCUCCAACUGAUAGCAAUGAUAAGCAGUAUGAAGUUACCGUAACUAGUUCAGAGACUAAUGAGAGUCAGUCAAAGGAAAAGAAGAUACUCAGAAGAAAAGUUAAGCGUAUGAAUAAAGAGGAGUUGGAUGACUUUAUCACAGAGCUUAAGGAUGAACCUGAUCAAGCCUUUUAUGAAACCGCCAUGACUGAUUUCUUCGAAGUGAAGUUGACUGAACUGGAACCUGAAGAGAUUCCUGAUGAUAAUGUUUCCCAAAAAACUAAAAAGCGUAGAAUUUUGCAUAAGCGUGGAGAAAAAGAAGAGGUUUUAGAAAUUGUAGAAACUGUUCCUUCAUCCGGCGAGGAGCCAUUCUACGAAAUAUCAAUCAAAUCAAUUGAACCGGAAGAGGAAGCUGAUACUCAAAAGCCUAUUGAAAAGCCAAAACUAAGAACUAAGAAAAUGAAAAAGGAUGAUCUAGAUGCGUAUAUACAGCAGCUGAUAAAUGCGGAGAUUCCAAUAACUGAACUUGAGAAAUAUGAAAAAACUGAAAUAGAUGCCAAGCCGAAGAAACCAAAGAAGCAUAAGAUCAAACAACCUAAGGCCCAUAUCGAUGAAGGUGAAGCUUUUGAGGUGGGUAUCAUACAGGAAGAACCAAUUAAAAAACCGAAGGUCAAGAAACCCAAACCUCAACCAAAACUUGAAGAGGAAUCAGUAACUGAACCCGAAAGUGUUAUUGAGCACAAGGAGUUUACAAUCAGCACGAUUGACUCGCAGCCCAUUCCAGAGCAAAUUGUGGAAGAGCUAGUUAAGGCAGUUGUACUCGACCUGGACGAAAUUAUAUCAAACAUCGGUGAAUCCCUCCCUAUCAUAGAAUUGGAGAAAUCUACCGAGACCGUCCCUCAAUCUAUUGAAGAAGUUGAACGCUUAGAAAUUAAAACAAUUAAAAAACGCAAAGUGAAAACUAGAAAGGGAUCAAAGCAGUAUGAAAUACAAAUCGUGGAAACUACAGCACCAGACGAUGAUCAUGCAGAAGCAAAGGUUGUAGUUAUAACAACUGAAAUCGUUGAAGACAAUACUGAUGUACCAAUCGAAGAGCAACCAGAAACUCCAAAGAAAAUAAUAAGAAAGGUGAAAAAAGAUAAGCUCAAAGAAUAUAUAGUCAGCAUUAUUGAUGAGGCCCCAACGGAACUUCUAGCCAAAAUUUCUGAGGACAUGUCCCCUGUUUCAAAAAUGGAACCUUUAGAUGAUGAUGGUUUCAAAAGUUUUAAAACUACUGUAGCUGAUGAUGUUCCUGAAGAUGAUGUUAAGCCUGAAGUUGAAUCGGUUGACAGUCCAACAAGCAAGCCAAAGGAUAAAAAGAAGAAAUCAACUAAGCUGAAAAAGGUUACAGUAAUUGAAGAGCAGCCAAUUCAGGGUGAAGACAGCACUAAGGGAGAGGAAUAUCCUAGUAAGGAUGUAGAAACAUCAAAAACACCGUCGCACGAUGAAUAUUCAGUUGAGAUAACAGAAAUAACACCUAAAUCUAAGAAAAAGGUGCCGAAAAAUAAACUUGAGAAGCCUAUGCCUGUCCCGAUAUCGGAACACAAAAUUCGUAUUGAGGAACUAGCACCUGAAACAACAACCGAACAAGUUAUUAACGAACAAGGAGAGGAAGUUGAAAGGGUUACAACUAAGCGAAGACUUAAAAAGAAGGAGGGUCCAAAAGAAUAUCUAAUCGAAGUUGUUGAAACCUAUGAAGAAAAUAAGCCCGAGGCAGAAUUGGUUAUUCAGACUACAGAAAUAAUACCAGAAUCAGACACUCAAGCACAUGAAGAUCACAAAAUUAAAGUUGUGAAAAAGAAAAAACCCAAAGAGGAAAAAAUUGACACUUAUAUUCAACAGUUAAUAGAAGAAGACGUUCCAAAAACAGAGCUUGAUGUCUUCGAAACAACUGAAUUGGAAUCAACCCCGGAGUCAAAGAAACCAAAGAAGAUAAAGAAACACCAUAAGAAAAUCACCGAAAUAGUUGAUGGUAUUCCGCAUACUGUACAUGAAUUUACCAUUCAAGAGUUCGAGCCAGAAGCAGAGGUAGUACCCGCAACCGUUACAGAAAUUGAGGAUGAUGAUACCCCUGAAACACAGACUGAGGAUUUCGAAAUAAAGGUAACAGACGAACAGCCUAAACGUAAGCCGAAGAAAGAAAAGAAAUCGAAGGUGUCGGUGGUCGACCAAGAACCAGUCAAAAUUGAGGACAUUGGGGAAACUGUAGAAGUUAUUAAGAUAAUUGAAGACGAUGGCGCAACAAAAGAAGUUCAAGUAAAGAAGCGUAAGAUCGUUCGCAAGCAAGGUCCAAAGGAACAUGUUUUUGAAAUAACAGAGACAUCAAAUAAUGAAGAGCCUUUGGCGGAAGUUACCAUCGUUGAUAUUACAGAAGAUGAAAGGCCAAGCGAUACAGUUGAACCACUUGAAAAAAGGAAGGCACCAAUCAAAAAGCCAAAGAAACUGAAACGCGAGGACGUGGAAAGCUAUGUGAUUAAUGUAGUGGAAGAGUUUACAGAGCCAACAGAAGUUGAGGAAAAUAUUACACCAAUUCCUUCUCCGAUUUCGGAACAGACCAUUCGUGUUGAGGAACUAGCACCUGAAACAACUACCGAAAAAGUUAUUAACGAACAAGGAGAGGAAGUUGAAAGGGUUACAACUAAGCGAAGACUUAAAAAGAAGGAGGGUCCAAAAGAAUAUCUAAUCGAAGUUGUUGAAACCUAUGAAGAAAAUAAGCCCGAGGCAGAAUUGGUUAUUCAGACUACAGAAAUAAUACCAGAAUCAGACUCUCAAGCACCUGAAGAUCACAAAAUUAAAAUUGUCAAAAAGAGAAAACCCAAAGAGGAAAAAAUUGACACUUAUAUUCAACAGUUAAUAGAAGAAGACGUUCCAAAAACAGAGCUUGAUGACUUCGAAACAACUGAAUUGGAAUCAACCCCGGAGUCAAAGAAACCAAAGAAGAUAAAGAAACACCAUAAGAAAAUCACCGAAAUAGUUGAUGGUAUUCCGCAUACUGUACAUGAAUUUACCAUUCAAGAGUUCGAGCCAGAAGCAGAGGUAGUACCCGCAACCGUUACAGAAAUUGAGAAAUUGACUGAGGAUUUCGAAAUAAAGGCAACAGACGAACAGCCUAAACGUAAGCCGAAGAAAGAUAAGAAAUCGAAGGUGGCGGUGGUCGACCAAGAACCAGUCAAAAUUGAGGACAUUGGGGAAAAUAUAGAAGUUAUUAAGAUAAUUGAAGACGAUGGCGCAACAAAAGAAGUUCAAGUAAAGAAGCGUAAGAUCGUUCGCAAGCAAGGUCUAAAGGAACAUGUUUUUGAAAUAACAGAGACAUCAAAUAAUGAAGAGCCUUUGGCAGAAGUUACCAUCGUUGAUAUUACAGAAGAUGAAAGGCCAAGCGAUACAGUUGAACCACUUGAAAAAAGGAAGGCACCAAUCAAAAAGCCAAAGAAACUGAAACGCGAGGACGUGGACAGCUAUGUGAUUAAUGUAGUGGAAGAGUUUACAGAGCCAACAGAAAUUGAGGAAAAGAUUACACCAAUUCCUUCUCCGAUAUCGGAACAGACAAUUCGUGUUGAGGAACUAGCACCUGAAACAACAACCGAACAAGUUAUUAACGAACAAGGAGAGGUAGUUGAAAGAGUUACAACUAAGCGAAGACUCAAAAAGAAGGAGGGUCCAAAAGAAUAUCUAAUCGAAGUUGUUGAAACCUAUGAAGAAAAUAAGCCCGAGGCAGAAUUGGUUAUUCAGACUACAGAAAUAAUACCAGAAUCAGACUCUCAAGCACCUGAAGAUCACAAAAUUAAAAUUGUCAAAAUGAAAAAACCCAAAGAGGAAAAAAUUGACACUUAUAUUCAACAGUUAAUAGAAGAAGACGUUCCAAAAACAGAGCUUGAUGUCUUCGAAACAACUGAAUUGGAAUCAACCCCGGAGUCAAAGAAACCAAAGAAGAUAAAGAAACACCAUAAGAAAAUCACCGAAAUAGUUGAUGGUAUUCCGCAUACUGUACAUGAAGUUACCAUUCAAAAGUUCGAGCCAGAAGCAGAGGUAGUACCCGCAACCGUUACUGAGGAUUUCGAAAUAAAAGUAACAGACGAACAGCCUAAACGUAAGCCGAAGAAAGAAAAGAAAUCGAAGGUGACGGUGGUCGACCAAGAACCAGUCAAAAUUGAGGACAUUGGGGAAACUGUAGAAGUUAUUAAGAUAAUUGAAGACGAUGGCGCAACAAAAGAAGUUCAAGUAAAGAAGCGUAAGAUCGUUCGCAAGCAAGGUCCAAAGGAACAUGUUUUUGAAAUAACAGAGACAUCAAAUAAUGAAGAGCCUUUGGCGGAAGUUACCAUCGUUGAUAUUACAGAAGAUGAAAGGCCAAGCGAUACAGUUGAACCACUUGAAAAAAGGAAGGCACCAAUCAAAAAGCCAAAGAAACUGAAACGCGAGGACGUGGACAGCUAUGUGAUUAAUGUAGUGGAAGAGUUUACAGAGCCAACAGAAGUUGAGGAAAAGAUUACACCAAUUCCUUCUCCGAUAUCGGAACAGACAAUUCGUGUUGAGGAACUAGCACCUGAAACAACAACCGAACAAGUUAUUAACGAACAAGGAGAGGAAGUGGAAAGGGUUACAACUAAGCGAAGACUUAAAAAGAAGAAGGGUCCAAAAGAAUAUCUAAUAGAAGUUGUUGAAACUUAUGAAGAAAAUAAGCCCGAGGCAGAAUUGGUUAUUCAAACUACAGAAAUGAUACCAGAAUCAGAGUCUCAAACACCUGAAGAUCACAAAAUUAAAAUUGUCAAAAAGAAAAAACCCAAAGAGGAAAAAAUUGACACUUAUAUUCAACAGUUAAUAGAAGAAGACGUUCAAAAAACAGAGCUUGAUGUCUUCGAAACAACUGAAUUGGAAUCAACCCCGGAGUCAAAACAACCGAAGAAGAUAAAGAAACACCAUAAGAAAAUCACCGAAAUAGUUGAUGGUAUUCCGCAUACUGUACAUGAAUUUACCAUUCAAGAGUUCGAGCCAGAAGCAGAGGUAGUACCCGCAACCGUUACAGAAAUUGAGGAUGAUGGUACCCCUGAAACACAGACUGAGGAUUUCGAAAUAAAGGUUACAGACGAACAGCCUAAACGUAAGCCGAAGAAAGAAAAGAAAUCGAAGGUGACGGUGGUCGACCAAGAACCAGUCAAAAUUGAGGACAUUGGGGAAACUGUAGAAGUUAUUAAGAUAAUUGAAGACGAUGGCGCAACAAAAGAAGUUCAAGUAAAGAAGCGUAAGAUCGUUCGCAAGCAAGGUCCAAAGGAACAUGUUUUUGAAAUAACAGAGACAUCAAAUAAUGAAGAGCCUUUGGCGGAAGUUACCAUCGUUGAUAUUACAGAAGAUGAAAGGCCAAGCGAUACAGUUGAACCACUUGAAAAAAGGAAGGCACCAAUCAAAAAGCCAAAGAAACUGAAACGCGAGGACGUGGAAAGCUAUGUGAUUAAUGUAGUGGAAGAGUUUACAGAGCCAACAGAAGUUGAGGAAAAUAUUACACCAAUUCCUUCUCCGAUUUCGGAACAGACCAUUCGUGUUGAGGAACUAGCACCUGAAACAACUACCGAAAAAGUUAUUAACGAACAAGGAGAGGAAGUUGAAAGGGUUACAACUAAGCGAAGACUUAAAAAGAAGGAGGGUCCAAAAGAAUAUCUAAUCGAAGUUGUUGAAACCUAUGAAGAAAAUAAGCCCGAGGCAGAAUUGGUUAUUCAGACUACAGAAAUAAUACCAGAAUCAGACUCUCAAGCACCUGAAGAUCACAAAAUUAAAAUUGUCAAAAAGAGAAAACCCAAAGAGGAAAAAAUUGACACUUAUAUUCAACAGUUAAUAGAAGAAGACGUUCCAAAAACAGAGCUUGAUGUCUUCGAAACAACUGAAUUGGAAUCAACCCCGGAGUCAAAGAAACCGAAGAAGAUAAAGAAACACCAUAAGAAAAUCACCGAAAUAGUUGAUGGUAUUCCACAUACUGUACAUGAAUUUACCAUUCAAGAGUUCGAGCCAGAAGCAGAGCUAGUUCCCUCAUCCGUUACAGAAAUUGAGGAUGAUGAUUCUCAAAAAACACAGACAGAGGAUUUCGAAAUAAAGGUAACAGACGAACAGCCUAAACGUAAGCCGAAGAAAGAAAAGAAAUCGAAGGUAACGGUGGUCGACCAAGAACCAGUCAAAAUUGAGGACAUUGGGGAAACUGUAGAAGUUAUUAAGAUAAUUGAAGACGAUGGCGCAACAAAAGAAGUUCAAGUAAAGAAGCGUAAGAUCGUUCGCAAGCAAGGUCCAAAGGAACAUGUUUUUGAAAUAACAGAGACAUCAAAUAAUGAAGAGCCUUUGGCGGAAGUUACCAUCGUUGAUAUUACAGAAGAUGAAAGGCCAAGCGAUACAGUUGAACCACUUGAAAAAAGGAAGGCACCAAUCAAAAAGCCAAAGAAACUGAAACUCGAGGACGUGGACAGCUAUGUGAUUAAUGUAGUGGAAGAGUUUACACAGCCAAUAGACACACUCACACAAGUUGAGGAAAUUAUCUUGAAAGAGGAUGAUGAGGUUACUCACGCUGAAGAAAUUCCCUUAGAAGAUGUUGAAGAGGUGACUGAAGACAAAAUUCCCAAGCUUAAAACGAAAUCCAUAAAGCCGAAGAAACCCAGCAAGAAAUCAGAAGAUCACACAAUUCGUAUUGAAGAACUUGCUCCUGAAACCACUAUCGAAGAUAUUGUCAACGAAGAAGGAGAUGAAGUUAAGCAGGUAAAAACUACGAAGAAACUUAAGAAAAUAGAUGGACCCAAGGAGUAUUUGAUAGAGGUAACCGAAACCUAUCAAGAGAACAAACCAGACGCUGAUAUUGAAGUGACAACCUUUGAAAUACCUGUAGACGAGACAAGCAACGUAGAUGGAGAUCAGCCAGUUAAGAUAGUUCAAAAAUUGAAAAAGAAGAAGGCCGUAAAGGAUGAUUUAGAUAAAUAUAUUCAAGAACUUAUUGAACAAGAAAUUACAAAAACAGAUCUAGAGCAAUAUGAGCCCACGGAAAUUGAAUCGAAGCCCAAGCUUAAGAAAAAAGUAAAAACCCAUCAUAAAAAGAGUGUGGAAAUAAUUGAUAAUGUUCCCGUUACCGUUCAUGAGUUUGACGUUACGGAAAUAGAACCAGAGCUUAUAGAGGAAGCUAAACCAUUGGAUAUUUUAGACAAUCCUGAAGAUCAAACUUCUGAGAAUGAAGAGCCCGACAAAUAUUUGGCAAAUGUUUUGGACGAGAUAUUAGAACCAACACAAAGCCCUGAAGACAUAACUGACAAACCGACAACAGCACUUACGGUAGAGAAGUCACAGAAAAAGAAAAAGAUAGAGAAAGUUCCGAUAGUUUUAGAUGAAAUAUCUGAAUUUACUGAAAUUAUACAGCAGCCUACAGAAGACGGUGUUGUGAAAGAAGUUUCUGUGAAGAAGCGUAAGGUUACUCAUAGGAAGGGCUCCAAGCAAAGCAUCUUUGAGAUAACUGAAACUACUAGCGAUGAUCAACCUAUGGCAGAAGUAACAGUCGUGGAGCUUACGGAAAAUAAGUCAUCCAUUCCGGAAGAAGCGCCGAUUGUUGAACAGAAAGUAUUAAGGAAAACUAAAAAGCUAAAUAAGGAAGAUGUACAGGAAUAUGUCAUCAAUGUUAUUGAUGAUUUUGUGCAAGAAUUGCCCGUUGAGGCAAUUGAGGACGAAGUAACGGAAAUUCCCGAAAAGAAAAAGGCUAAGACUAAAAAAUCUCCAAAGGAAUAUAAAUUCAGUGAGCACGAAGAAGUUUUGCCCGAAGAAUUUGAAAAACCUAAGGAUGAUGUUCCUGAAAUGCCAGUUGAGACAAUACAUGAAGCCCCCGUGGAACCCACUGAUUUCACGAUAGGUGUUACCGAAAAUGUUACUACAGAUGAUAAGAAACCUAAAAAACCGAAGAAGCCAUCAAAGUCAAAGCCAGGUUAUGAAAUUGAGUCUGAGAAACAUCCAGACUAUUUAAUAAAGGUAUCGUCAACAGAGGAAACAUCGCCGAAUGAUUUAACUGAGAUUGAAACCGUGAACCUGGAAUCAGAAGAGGUACAGCCAACAGAGGAACCAGUUUUCCAAAUAGAAGAAAUCGAAAUUACACCAGAUGUAGUUGAAGAACAGGACGAAAAUAUCGAAACAACAAAGAAAGUCGUUAGUAAGCGAAAGAUCAGAAAGCAAGUUGGCCCUAAGGAAGAAAUCAUAGAAAUUGUUGAAACUGUCAAGGACGGGCUGCCUGAAUAUGAAGUCACAGUAACUACUGAAGAAGCCGAAAAAGAAGUUGAAGAAAAUCCUCAAGAAGAAAAGCCAAAGAAGGUUAAGAAGACCAAAAAGAUUCCAAAGGACGAUUUACAUGAGUAUAUACAAAAACUUAUUGAACAGGAUAUUCCAAAAUCAGAAUUAGAGAAGUACGAAAAGAUAGAUUUCGAUGAACCAGUUAAAAUGAAGAAGAAGAAGCCUGUGAAAAAGAUGAAAGUUACAGAAGAAGAAUUUAAGGAUACCCCUGAAGUAUCAAUUAAAGAUGCUCCCGAAUAUGAAACACAUCCAUUGGAAAGUCCUUUGGAAGAAUCACAAUUGAUGGUAACUGUUAAAGAAAUCGUAGCACCAACACCAAAAGAAGAAUCCUUUGAAGUUACAGUUCUAGAAGAAUUUGUUGAAAAUAAGCCGAUUCCGGAUAGUGAAGGGGAAAUUAAAAUAAAGGAAGUAAAAACAAAGAAAAUAAAACACAAAAAGGGUCCGGAAGAGAUAAUUCAUGACAUUACAGUUGUUUAUGAUAAGGAUAAUGAUGAAUCCGAAAUUACUAUAGUAACAUCAAGUCCAAACGAAACUGAAGAUCAAAAAGAAGUUACUGUUAAGCAAAAGCGAACCAAAAAAAUUAAAAAGGAUGACGUUGAUGAUUUCAUUAAAACAGUUAUUGAAGAAGAUAUACCACGAGAACAGCCAUCUGACGUUGUCGAUGUUACUGAGGAAACGACUCCUAAGAAAACACCUGAAAAACCAAAGAAGAUCAAAAAGAAGGAAAAGAGGCCGUCAGUGGAAGAGAAAUCAACGCCAAUAGAUAAUGUAGAAAUUGUGGAGAGCUUACCAACGGAAGAACCAACGGAAAUAUUCCCUGUGGAUGUAGUGGAUGUAUCUCCCACCGUCGAGUCUGAUAAAGAAGAUGAAGUAACCCAAGACGUUAGUGUACCCGAAAAGAAAAAGAAAUCUCCUAAGCAAAAGAUUCAAGUUAUUGAAGAACUCCCUCAGAAAGAGACUGAUGUCCAGCCUUUGGAGAUUGUAGAAAAAGAGAGUGAUAUUGAAAAGCCAAAUGAGAAAGAAUACAGUAUCACUUUCACAGAAGAAGAAUCUAAACCAGAGGAAAAAUUGGAAAAGAAGCCAAAGAAGGUUAAGGAUAAGCAAGUUCAACCAGAGGAAUCAACUUACGAAAUCUCUGUUAAGGAAAGUCACAUUCAACUCGAAGACCUUCCUUUAACUGUAGAAAUGAUCGAAAGUGAAACGAAAGAGGAAGUAACCACAGAUGAUGCUGGCGAGGUCCAUAAGGUAGUUACAACAAAACAUAAGAUUAGACGUCCAAAGGGAGAAUCUGAUGAUGUUAUUGAAAUAAUUGAGGUAGUUACUGAUGAUCAACCUAAUGCGGAAAUUACAAUUGUUGAAUACGAGCCGGUACAACCACAAGAGGAAGAAAAGGCUAAGGAACCGAAAAAGAAAUUAAAGAAAGUUAAAAAAGAUGAUAUUCAUGACUAUAUACAAAAACUUAUAGACAUGGAGACUCCUAAAACUGAAUUGGAAAAAUAUGAGAAAAUUGAGUUCGAGCCAAUACCCAAAGAUAAACCUACCGAAACUGCGCCUGUUACAGUGACAGAUGAAUCUCCAACCGAGAAACCAAAGAAGGACAAAAAGUCGAAGCCAAAAGAGUUGCCAAAGAAAGAAGAAUCUUUACCAGAACCAUUGGCUGAAAUUAAGGUUAUUGAGGAGGAGGAACUUGAAAAGCCGAAAGUGGUCGAAGUAGUGGAAGUUCAACCGGAGGAAGUCAAAAUUACAGAAACAAUUACUGACGAGGGCCAUCCAGUUCAAGAGAAAACUACCAAGCGAGUUUUAAAGAAGAAGGGUCCUAAGGAAGACACCACCUUCAAAAUAACAACAAUUGAAAGCGAAGGCAGUGAUACCGUUACUGUUAUCGUCGACGAGGAACCCGAAGCCAUGCCAGUUGAGGCUAUUGAAACUCAACCGGAGAGGACGGAAGAAGAGAAACCAGAGCCCAAACCGAAGCCUAAGAAAUCAGUGAAGAAGGUUAAAAAAGAUGAUUUGGAUGAAUAUGUUAAGAAACUUUUGGAGGAAGAAACACCAAAGACUGAAAUGGAAGUGUAUGAAAAAGUUGAAAUGCCAGAAAAACCGAAAGACAAAGCCCCAACAGAAAGUGUGACAGAACUGGCAAAGCCUGACGUACCCGAAACCCCAAUAGCAGUUCUUGACUCGACCAAACCUAAAAAGACCAAAACACCUAGACCAAAACCAGUUGACGUAGUCGAACAAAGACAAGACGAACCAACGGAAGAGACUAUUUCUGAGACUAAAGACCUAACUGAAGAUACACCAACUCAAAUUGCACACCCCGAGGACACAGCCACUCCACAAAUUACACCAAGCGCACAAGAUGAAAUAUCUACUCAAGAUGACACUAAAGAUACAGUUCAAAAAACAGUUAAGCAUAAGAAAGCUAAGCCAGACACAGUUAAAAGCGUUGAAACAAGUGAAGCACCCGAGGCUUAUAAGGAUUAUCACAUAAGCGUAAUUCAUGAAGAGCCCGAAGAAAAAGAAGUGCAGCCCGAUAAAAUCUUGCAAGUUAGAAUUAUCGAUGAAGUUUCUGAAGUCGAAGAGUCUCAACCCAUCGUCGAAGAAGUCGAAGAGGAGGAUGAAAAACCGACUGCCGAGGAAACAGUUGAGGACGUCACGAAGCCGAAGACAAGGAGAAAGAAGAUUGUGAAAAAGAAGACCCACGAACACGAUGAAAUAAUACAAAAACUGCUUGAACAAGAAAUUGAAAAAACAGAGUUGGAGAAAUACGAGAAGGUCGAAUUUGAUACUCCCAAGAAACUGAAACCAGAAUUCGCCAAUCUUGAACCAAUUAAAAUUGAAAGGAAAGAACAGAAGCCCACAAAGGUCACAAUAGUUGAGGCCGCUGAGGUUCCCAAGAUGGUGAAGUUGAAGCCUGGCAAACGUAAGGAAAAACCAGCUGAAGAACAAACUGUGCAACUACCCAAAUUCAGACUUAAGACUCGCAUGAUUAUGGUUGAAUAUCCGCCAGCACCGAUUAUACCAAAGUUGACAGACAUUGGUGCAAUUAAGCAGAACGGUGACCUCACCCGCAAUAUUGAGGAAGCGGAAGAGCUACUUAAGUUUAAGCCACACAAGCCCAAGAAAAUUAAGAAAAUUAAAGAUGAUUUGGAGAAGGUGGAGCUUGAAAAGUAUGAAAAAUACGUUAGUAGUGAAGAGGAACCGGAGCCAAAGCAACCAUAUCAAAAGCCUGAAAAGGUACCAAAACCAGAAGAAAGUCCGGAUGAAGUCAAACUUAAAAUUGGUAAGGGCAAGAAGAAGCCUAAGGAGGAAGAAUCUCCUGAAAAUGUUACGCUCAAAAAGAUACCACAAAAGCCCACGGAAUAUGAAGAAGAAAUCGAAAAGAAACCAAAAGAAAAGGAUGUGAUUGUAACUGAGGAGCAACCAAAGCAGCCCAGGGAGCAGGAUAUACAAGUGGAACCAUUCCAACCAAUUGAUUAUGAGCGGCCUGAAUAUGUUCCAGAAGAACUUGAGGAAGUGGAAAAACCAGAGAAGCCGGAAAAGCAAAAGAAACCAAGUAAAACAAAGUAUAAGCCUAAAGAAAAAUCAAAACCAGAACCGGAAACGAUAAUUACAGAAAUUGUUCCUGGAAAACCGAAAGAACAAGAAGAAGUGCCCGAUAUUGACAUAAAGUUCCGCAAGCCUGAGAGUGAGGCACCAGAAGAGACAGAAUCUCAAGUUAAACUGAAACCAGUGAAAAAGACUCCUGAAGAAACAACAAUUGAAGAUGUUGUUGCAAAGACAACGGUUGAGGAGUCGAAGCCGCAGGAAAAGGUAAUUAAACCUGAAGACGAGGUUAAAAAGACUAAGAAAUCUAAACCGAAGCCGGCACAACAAAAAGAGGAAGAGACUACUGAAGAGAAGCAGCCAGACUAUGAGGUUUCAGUAAAGGAAGAGGAAGCCGUUAUUGAAAAGACCGACGACAUUGAGAAGCCUAAAGAGGUAAAGGUGAAACAAAAGAAACCGAAAGAAGAACCUGUAGCUGAAGUCGACAUCGUGGAAGAACUGCCUCAGGCAAGAGAAGAGCCUGAAGACAUCCCUGUAGAGUACAAAAUUACAACAACUGUUUUGGAGCCGGAAGAAGCACCAAAAGAACAUCUAGUUAAAGUCAUUGAUUUUGAUGAAAGGGAAGUUACCACUGAGGAGCUUGUUGAAGAAAAGGUUGUUACUAGAAAGAAGAAGCCGAAACCAGAGAAGCCAGAAGAGUUUGAGGUCACACUACAGGAGCCACAACAAAUACAACCUGAACCAGAAGAGGAAACGGUUGAAGUUGUGAUUGCUGUUCAACACCCCGAACAAGAAACUGAAGAAUUUGAAGUCGAGUUGAAGAUAAGCGAACCACAACCAGAAGAGCAAAAUGUCGUUGUGAAGAAAAAGUCUAAAAAGAAGCCUGUGGAAAAAGUAGAGGAGGCGAAACAAGACGUGGUAAAAGAAGUGGAGACUCAACCGGAGGAGCAAAAAGUAGAAGAGAUUUUGCAGGUAGAAGAAGAAGAAACCGUUGAAGAAACACAACCGAAGUCUUUCGUAUUCCAAGUGACUGAAACUGAUGCCCCUCUAAAGAAACCAGCAGAAGUAAUUGAAGAAAAACCAAAAGAAAAGGUAAAGAAACCAGCUCCGAAACUGAUUGAGAAAUUCGACUCUUAUGAAAUUUCCGUCAAGGAAUCUCAGGUGGAGAAAGUAAUUGAGCAAGUGGAACAACCAGAGGAAGACGUUCCUGAAGAAGUUCUAAUUACCACAAAAGCAAAAGAAGCGGAACCAGUGGAAGCAGAGUUUGUAUUAACGGAACCAAAACCAACAGAAGAGAGUCAUGUAGAAGCGGAAGUCAAGCCAAAGAAAACAAAGAAGCCUAAGAAAACUGAAGAGGUCACUAGUCUUGAUAUUAAAGUUGUUGAAGAAGUGACUGUUCCAGAAGAAAUAGUAGUUGAAGAUGAGCAACCUGAUGUUGUUGAAAAGGAAAAACCAGCUCCGAAACUGAUAGAGAAAUUCGAUUCUUAUGAAAUUUCCGUCAAGGAAUCUCAGGUGGAGAAAGUAAUUGAGCAGGUGGAACAACCAGAGGAAGACGUUCCUAAAGAAGUUCUAAUUACCACCAGAUCAAAAGAACCGGAACCAGUGGAAGCAGAGUUUGUAUUAACGGAACCAAAACCAACAGAAGAGAGUCAUGUAGAAGCGGAAGUCAAGCCAAAGAAAACAAAGAAGCCUAAGAAAACUGAAGAGGUCACUAGUCUUGAUAUUAAAGUUGUUGAAGAAGUGCCAGUUCCAGACGAAAUAGUAGUUGAAGAUGAGCAACCUGCUAUUGUUGAAAAGGAAACUGUUCCCGCUGAAGAAACACCAAAGGAAUAUACGAUUCGGGUAUUUGAUACAGAAAUUGAGCAACCAGAAGAACCAACUGUUGCAGAAUUUACUGUGAAGAAACCGAAACCUUCCCUUGUUGCUGCGGAAGAGCCCGAAGCAGAGUUUGUUUUGAAAGAGAGCAAGCCCGUAGAAGAAGUAACCGAAGUAGCUGAAAUAAAAACAAAGAAACCUAAAAAGAAAGUUAAGGAAGUUGCUGCGGACGAGCUUAAGAUCCAAAUCAAAGAAGAAACUCCUCAAGAAAUUCCAGUAGUGGAAGAAAUCGUGGAGGUUGUGACAGAAGAAGAGGAAAAAGUACCUUCUGUUGAAUAUAAAUCGUAUGAAAUUGGUGUGAAGGAAACAGUACCUGAAAAACCUGCCAAGGAAGAACUAAUUGAGGAGCCAUUGGUAAAGAAACCAGUAAUCGAAGAGGAAGCACCUACUGUUGAAUACAAGUCCUAUCAAAUAGGUGUGAAAGAGACAGUAGUUGAGAAGCCUGUUGAAGAAAUUCCAGAAGAAGACCAAUUGGUAGAGGAGCCUAAAGUCGAAGAGCCACAGCCAGUAGCCUUUGAGGAACUUAAAGUCAGAGUUAUUGAAGAGACACCCCGUGAAGUUGUAGAAGAAGUUCUCGAAGAGAGCAUUAAAGUGCAGCGCAAGAAGAAGCCGAAGCCAGAAAUUACAGAAGAGCCAGAGGCUCAAAUUAGCAUUCCCAAACCAAAACCUGUUGAUGAAAUGGAAGCGGUCCAAAGCGUUACCAUUGUACCAGAGAUCCCGACAGAAGAGGAUGCUGCAGAGCUUAAGAUAACUAUUAUUGAUGAAAUGUCUGAACCGCAAGAACUUAUUCAGGAGAUUGAAGAAAUCGAAACGGUUAAAGAAGCAGUCGCUGAACCGGUGCCGGUAGAAAAGCCAAAAGACUAUAAAUUCAGUAUAAAAGAGUCUGAGACACCGAAGGAAAGUAUCGAGGAAUUGCCAGAAGAACAGGUUACCAUUCAGAAAAAGAAGAAAGUUCCAGAGCAAAAAGAAACUGUCGAAGAUUUACCGGAAGAGCAGGUUACCAUUCAAAAGAAGAAGAAGAAGCUUGAACCUCAGGUUAUAGAAGAACCAGAAGCCGUUUUCGAAAUCAAGCAAAAACAAACAGUCGAAGAAGUUACAGAAGAAGCUAAAAUAAAGAAGAAGACAAAGAAACCCGUAAAGGAAGAAGAGGCAGCUGCAGAGCUUAAAGUUACUGUGAUCGAGGAUUCGACACCAGAACCAGAAGUUAUUGAAAUCGUCGAAGAAAUUGAAGAGCAGGCGGAAGAGAUCCCAGAAGUAGAGCCAGUUGAAAAGCCCACUGAGUACAAAUUCAUGCUAAAAGAAAGCCAACCCGAAGCUUCAGAAGAAAAUGAGGAAGAGGCUGUUCAGGAGGUUAGCUUACCUAAGAAAACUCCAAAGGCCGUUGAACCGAUUGAAGAACCUGAAGCUGAAGUUAUCCUUAAACCCAAAUCCAAGCCUGAAGAAGUACAGGAGGAAGUCAAAAUAUCAAAGAAGAAGCCCAAAAAGAAGGUUGUAGAGGAAGCUGCUGAAGAACUUACAGUUAAGGUAGAAGAGGAAGUAACUCCUGAGCCUAUUAUUGUGGAGGAAGAAGUAGUAGAAGAAGUUGAAGCUAAGAAACCAGAAGAACCAACACCCGAAGAAACAGUCGAUGCUGCCGUUUUCAAACUGAAGAAGCCAGAUGCAUCUGAGGAAGAGGAUGUGGUCGCUGAAGUUACUUUGAAGCCAAAGCUACCCAAGGAGCUGCAAGAAGAAGAGCUCUCGGUCGAUAUCAAACUGCCAAAAGAAAAGAAGGUUUCUGAAGAAACAUCGGAUGAAACUGUGCAGCUCAAGAAGAAGAAGAAGCCACAUAAACCAGUUGAAGAAGCUGCGGAUGAGCUACAACUUCAGCAAACUGUCAUCGAAGAGAGACCAGUAGAGGUUGAAGAAGAAGAAGUCAUUGAGGAAGCCGUUAUAAUAAGAAGGAAACCAAAAAAACCAUUCCAACCAACGGUAGAAGACCAUGAAGAAACUGAAUUCAGUCUCUCAUUCAAAAAACCUCAUACUGUUACUGAAGGUGUUGAAGAAGCAGCUACAGUUCUUAAGAAACGUCCAGUUAAACCUAAGACUCUAGACGAAGCUGGAGCAGAACUGUCCAUAAAGCGCCUGGAAGAAGAAUACGAAGAAGGGGAAGACAUUGAAGAGUUUUUGGUUAGCCAAAGGGCCAAGCCAAAGCCACUGCAAGUUACCGAUGAAGAAGACCAAGAGUACACUAUCAAAAAGCUCAAACGUCGCAAAAAGGUGGAAAUUCCUGAAUUCUCUGAUGUUGAAAAUGUUACUUUCCGACCAAAGACUACUAAGACUAAAGAAGAUGUGGACCAAGAGUUCAAUAUUGCUUUAGACUCUUAUGCCGAGGAGGAAGUGUCAAUGUCUGGAAAGGUGAAACUUAAGAAACCAAUUAAGAUGACCUACUCAGAAGCCACUGAUGAGGCAAGGAUUAAAAUCUUACAAGAUUAUGAUGACGGUGAAGGUCCAAUAAUUGAAGAAAUACAUGACGAUGAAGAUACUAUUGAUGAAGUUGAAGAGCCAGAAGAGUACAUGGUUGAGGAGCUUCCACCAGACGAGGUUGACUUUAAACUAAAAUCGAAAAAGCAGCCCAAGCCACACUAUUCAGUCCAAGACGAAGAAGAGGAACAAUUUCUCAUUGGUCUUCGACAUGCUAAACGUGAUUCAGUGACGUACGAUGAAGAUUCUCUAACAUUCAAAAAGAAACGUAAAAUCGUGCAACAACUCUUCAAUGAAGAUGGCGCUUCUCUUAACAUUACUAGGGAAAUGGAUGUGGAAGAAUCUCAAUUCGAAAACAUGUAUUCUAUUUGCAAUUACAUUGCUGAUAACGAUGAGGCAAUCAAUUUGGUAGAGGGUGAAAAGGUACAGGUUAUUGGACGUCAUAGCUCUGAAUGGUGGUAUGUCAAGAAGAGCAUUACGGAAGAGGAAGGUUGGGUGCCUGCCCAAUAUCUUAUGGAGCCCGCGGAGUAUGCUCAAUAUGUGCAGAAUAAGCUGCAUGAAAAGAUUGAUAAGCUACCCGUGUUUGAAAGACCUGGACCUCAAGACAAGCCGAUAGCACCGCGAUUCAUUGAAAAGUUACAACCAAUACACACACCUGACGGUUAUACAGUGCAAUUCGAGUGCAAGGUCGAAGGUAGUCCGAGACCACAGAUCGCUUGGUUCCGCGAAACAGCCAUCAUAAAACCCUCACAGGACUUCCAAAUGUUCUACGAUGAAGACAAUGUGGCCACAUUGAUAAUUCGUGAAGUCUUCCCCGAAGACGCUGGCAAAUUCACUUGCGUGGCCAAGAAUGCCGCUGGUUUCACUUCAAGUACAACCGAAUUGAUUGUCGAGAGUCCGUUAUCGGAUCAUGGUUCAGAUGCCACGGCACUUUCGCGCAGGAGCAUGUCGCGUGAAUCUUCCUUGGCCGAUAUACUUGAGGGUAUACCGCCAACAUUUUCGCGUAAGCCAAAGGCCCAAUAUGUUGAUGAAGGUACCAAUGUAAUCUUGGAGUGCCGUCUUGUUGCGGUGCCCGAACCUGAGAUCGUUUGGACCUUCAAUGGUGAAGACAUUGAUGAGGAGGAGAUUAAAAAUAUUCGGAUUGUUACCGAAUCGGAUAUGCACAUGUAUUGCAGCGUUGUGCAUAUUACAAAAGUUAAGAAAUCUCAAGAGGGCACAUACGAAGUUAUAGCCACAAAUCGUGAGGGCGAAGCUCGUUUGCCCAUCACAUUAAAGGUUCGAACCUCGGACAAAGAAGCUCCUCAAAUUUUGGAACCUUUGCGUAAUAUGGUGAUACGUGAGGGUGAAAGUGUUGUGCUCUCUACACAAAUUGUUGGUAAUCCAGUGCCAAAGGUAACCUGGUACAAGGAUGGCAAGCCCAUUAAGAAUGCCAAAUCAGAAAAAGACUUACAUACCCUAACACUGAUUACACCAAAGAAGUCGGAGAAGGGAGAAUACACAGUCAAGGCUGUCAAUCCGUUGGGCAGUGUGGAAACCACUGCUUAUCUCACAAUUGAAGAACCCACCAGUGGUAACGCAGAGCCUCCAUUAUUUGUGGAGCGUUUCGAGGAGCAAUCGGUACCGCAAAAGGGCGAGAUUCGCUUACCUGCUAAGGUUUCGGGCAAUCCAGUUCCUGAGGUACAAUGGCUGUUCAACAAUAACCCAUUGUAUUCCAGCGAGCGAGUACAACAGAUUUAUGAUGGCGAAAAUAUUGAGCUCAUUAUACAAAAUGCAAAUCCAGAAACUGAUUCGGGUGACUACAAGUGUAUUGCCAGCAAUCCCAUUGGCAAAACAUCACACGGUGCACGUGUGAUUGUUGAGGUCGAUGAGGUGACCUUUACCAAGAAGCUGAAAAAGACUAUUACUAUUGAGGAGGUGCAAUCCCUGACAUUGGAAUGUGAAACCUCUCAUGUGGUCUCAACCAAAUGGUUCUUCAAUGGCAAGGAGCUGAGCGGCAUGGACCAUCGCGUUGUCGUUGAGGAUGGCAAGACGCACAAGCUGGUAAUCAGGAAUACAAAUCUACGCGAUUCCGGUACAUAUGUAUGCAAGGUAAAGAAGCAAGAGACGCAAUCAACAGUGGAGGUGCUGCAGCGUAAGCCAGACUUCCUUAAAGUGCUAGAAGACUAUGAGGUAACCGAAAAGGACACAGCCAUUCUCGAUGUCGAGCUGACAACAGAAGCUGUAGAGGUCACCUGGUACAAGGAUGGCGAAAAAAUCACACCUGAACACAAAAACUGUGAGUUCAUCAAGGAUGGAAAAUCGAGGCGCUUAGUUAUACGCGAUACUACAAUUCAUGAUGAGGGCGAGUACACGUGCAAGCUAGAGGGCCAGGAGUGCAGCGCUGAGCUUACGGUCAUUGAACUGCCACCAGAGAUUGUAAAACACUUGGAGGACGUCAACGUAACAAAGGGUGAAAAUGCCACAUUCAACAUUGAGCUGAGCAAGGGCGAUGCACUGGUGAAAUGGUUCAAGGAUGGCAAAGAAAUCAAGUUCACUGAGCGCAUACAGCUGGCAAUUGAUGGUAAAAAGCAAUCACUGCGUAUUCUGAAAGCCAAGCCUGAAGAUGUAGGCGAGUAUUCCAUUCAGGUGGGAGAGCAGACAUCCAAGGCGAAACUGACAGUUGAAGAGCCAUUAGUCGACUUUGUGCUUCGGUUGCCCGACGUCACGCUGGCUACCAAGACCACAGAUGCUGAAUUCACAGUCGAGCUCUCUCAGCCCGAUGUGGAGGUUACCUGGUACAAGAAGGGCAAGCCCAUCAAGCCGAACAAGAAGCAUGAGGUCUUCGUUGAGGGCACUGUUAGGCGUCUGGUUAUUCAUGAUGCCAGCGACGAUGAUGCGGGUGAGAUCAGCUGCGUUGCCGAAAACGUCACCAGCAGCAGUAAGCUGUGCGUUGAGGAGCUUAAACUGCCGCCCGUGAUUACUUCUGACAAGGAUCAAACCAUCAAAGUGAAGGAGAACGAAGACGCUACAUUCACUGUCAAAUACACAGGCGCGCCCACACCCGAAGCUGAGUGGACGUCGCGCAAGAUUGUCAUUCCCAAGUCAAAGCGUACUAUUCCCACUAUAGAUGAACAAUCCGCAACUCUGACCAUCAAGAAGGUUGUCGACGAUGACGAGGGCGAGUACACGGUUAAGCUUGUAAAUCCUGUAGGUGAAGCAGAAGCCAGCCUUCGUUUGGUCAUUAUGCGCAAACCCACGGCGCCAGGCACACCACAGCCUUUGGAGGUGAUGCACGAUUCAAUUACACUUUAUUGGAAGGCCCCGGAGGAUGAUGGCAAAUCUGAAAUUAUUGAAUACAUUCUGGAGUAUCAUGAUGUAAAGGAGGAAAAAUGGACUGAGAUACGCAAGAUUAAAGAUACAACAUAUACAAUCAGCAAGCUGAAGAUCGAUACAGAAUACGUAUUCCGUUCGAUUGCAGUCAACGAAGUUGGCCCAUCACCGCCCUCACCCAUCUCGUCGCCCAUACGCCUGAUGCCUAAGGUUGAAACCGAAGCACCCAGCGUACGUGAGCCUUUGCAGGAUAUUGUCAGUGAUCUAAAUAAGGAGAUGACAUUGUCCUGUGUGUUCGGCGGCAUUCCAGAGCCAAGUGUCACAUGGAAAAAGAAUGGCCAAGUCUUCGAGUCGAGUAGCUUGCGCUACGAGAAUCGUGUUGCCAAAUAUACCAUUGAAAAGACAACUAUUGAGACUGAAGCCACAUACACAUGCGUGGCUACGAAUGAGAAGGGCUCCGUGGAGACAUCGUGUAAACUAAAACUGCAGCAGAAGCCAGUCGUGGAAAUUGAGGAGAAGUAUUUGUCCCAAAAACUGCGCACUGGCAGCACUCUCACCAUUCCAGCAACAGUUCGUGGCUAUCCACAGCCAACUGUGACCUGGCACAAGGAGACUGUCGAACAGAAGUCUACCACCAAGGAAAUCACCAUUGAAACCACAGAGACCAGUUCCACCUACACCCUUAAGAAGGUAACACGCGAACACUCUGGACGCUACAAGGUGACGGCAACAAAUGAAUCAGGCUCCAGCUAUGCGGAGUGCACGGUUCAAGUGAUUGACAAGCCAAGCAGGCCACAAUCCCUGGAGAUUAAAGAUAUUAAAAAGGAUUCUAUUACCUUGGAAUGGACGCCACCUGUCGAUGAUGGUGGCAUGGACAUUAAGCAGUAUACGCUGGAGAAAUGCGAUGUACAGAACAAUGUCUGGAUGAAGGUUUCAGAUUUCGAUAAGGACAUCAACUCGUACGCCAUUCAAAAACUUUCCAUGAAUGCGCAGUACAUGUUCCGAGUGGUGGCUAUUAACCCCAUAGGUGAAUCGGAGCCAACGGAGAGUGAGACUGUGACCAUAACUAAGAGGUUUGAAAAACCAACUCCACCACGUGAUCCUACCUCGGUGUCUGGCAUGAACGAUACUUCAUUUACAUUAUCCUGGGAGCCAUCGGAGAGUGAUGGUGGUUCCAAGAUAAUUGAAUACAUUGUGGAAAUAAGGGAAGAGACUGAAACCGUUUAUCGCUCUGUGGGCACUACAGCGGGCACUGUAACAAACAUUCAAGUUGAAAAAGUUGUGAAAAACAAGGGCUAUCUGUUCCGGAUCUACGCUCGAAAUGAGGUUGGCACCAGCGACGCGUUUGAGACAACAGAAAAGAUUGUUGUUGGACGCAAGAUAACGCCGCCAUCGCCGCCCCAAAAUCUGAGAGCACCGGAUGUAACGAGUCGCAGCGUAACUCUCGAUUGGGAGGUGCCAGCCAGAAAUGGUGGUUCAGAAAUAACAGGCUAUUGCGUGGAGAAACGCUCCUCAACAUCAACGAGCUGGUCAAAGGUUAUUACUUUGGAUGCACAUCAACUGCACUAUACCAUAGACAAUUUGAAAGAUAAGUGCGAGUAUUGGUUCCGUGUGUCAGCGGAGAAUGAGGUUGGAUUAGGUGCACCAGCCGUCACAGAAAGCAUAUCGCUAAAGACACAUGCAACCGUACCAUCGCCACCAACUGCUCCACUGGAGGCGCGAGUUCUUGCGGCCAAUGCCCACGUAUUCGAAUGGGGUAUACCCGAGUCAGAUGGAGGUGCGCCACUGCUCGGCUAUCACAUAGCCAUACGUGACAUGAAGAAGUCCAUGUGGAUUGAGGUUGGUCGGGUGCCAGCGGGUGUGCAGAAAUUCCAGAUAAGAGACUUGCAAGAGAAUCACGAGUAUAUGAUACGUAUAUUCGCUAAGAACGAGAUUGGUCUGAGUGAACCUCUCGAGUCAGAGGAGCCAUACAAAGUCAUGACUGCAGGUCAUGCCAGCCUGCCCGACGAGCCACGCACGGAGAUGAGCACAUGCAACACAUCCUCGUGGCUACGGGAUCACAAUAUGGAUGCCGAUAUACACUCGUAUGCGCGCGGCAGGCUGCUUCAACGCGAUGAGUACUUCUUCCGCCUCUGGGCGCAAAUGCCCAAGAAGAAGAAGAGCUCAAAGUAGACAAAAACAAAAACAGAAACAAUAACAAAAACUCAAGCAAAUAGCCAUGACAAAACGAAUGAAAUUUAGGUUAGGUUAAGCAUAUUUCAAUUGUAUUUUAAUGAAUUCUUGAUUUUUAUUAGCUUUUUUUUUAUUACUUUUAAUGUACCCAUGUAAAGAGCAUGUAAUGUUCGGAUUUGCGUCCAAUAACAACGAUGUCCACGAAACUCAAUCAGAAAAGGGCGAGCGAAGACAAACUUAAUGUUUUGAGUGCGUGGACGUGGCUGUUCGAUUGUGACGUCACUGGCCCAUUACAUAAUCUAUGAAAGAAAUUUAUAUUUUUAAUUUGCAUAAAUUCGUAUAAUUUCCUUCGCUUUAUUUUUGUAAGCUGUGAUAAAUUUAUCAAUUUCGAAAGCGUCAAACGAUUAAAUGCCAUGACAUUUGUGCCACGACACAUCGCGCAUCGGGCAGCGGGCAGCCAACGGGCCAGCAACCAGCAGCAGUAGAAACAACAACAACAACAACCACAACAACAACAACCACAACAACCAACAACAGCACACAAGAACAACAAGAACCGUUACAACACAAUACAACACAAGUGACUCAAUAUCCUCUAGGGAGACAAACAACAAAUGGUGCAAUUCGAUAUGAGUUACGAGUAUGUUGUGUAUGUGUGUGUGUAUGUUGGUCUGUCUGUGAGUGUAUGUGUGUGUGUGUGUGUACGAGUGCUGCGUUGUGCGUCGCGCUGACUGGACCUUGCCUUUGCCGUGUGCUCGCUGUGAGCAAAUUUAUGGCAUCCAGAGGGUUACAUAACUAUACUUAUAUUGUGGAAGAGCCCAACAUGACUUUAAAGAAACAAAACUAAAUGAAAAACAAACAAAGUAAAAUAAAUAUGAAUAAAUUUUUAACGAACAA